CUUGCCUCAUUGGUAUGCAAGCGGCGCAGUGUGUGUAUGAGGGAGAGGGACGAGUGAGGUAGAUAUAUAGAGAGAGAGAGAGGUAGCAGUCAGUGCAAUGGGAUAGAGGAGAGCGAGGAGGAGGAGGAGGAGAGUGAAUGAGAAGCUGCUGGAUCUGCCUUCGCCUUUGCCUGCGUGCCCUGCCUGUCGUCUGCUGAAGCUGGGGUUUUUUACUGCCGCGCCACCGCGCUGCACUGGCACAGAGCGGAGACACGGCCCAUUUGCAUCCAACGUCUGCACCCUCAGCACCAACACGGAUACACACAGAGACAAAAUCUUACUCCACCAGCGAGGAAAAAAAAACACGAGACAGACUAACCAGGCUUUCUCCAUCAUCACGAGGGGGGACGCAGCAGCUACAAAAAGGGGGCCUGACGCUACCAUUUAGGCACCAGCUGCUCCAUCAGCCAAACCCCCCUCCACCUUAUCCCAUCCUUACCAACAACACCACCACCACCACCACUCCUCUCUUGCUCCUCCCUAUGUCCUUGUCCUCGGCGGCUCCUCUCACCUCCCUGGCCAGUAUAUGGAUAGAAGCUCCCUGUUUCAGCUCAUACAAGAGCAGGUAAGCCAGCCAGCCAGUCAGUCAGCAGGCAAGCAAGCAAGCCGCGGCAGAGGUUUCUAUGGUUACGGAGCUCCCAGCCACCUUGCCGUCUAUCCAGGGAUUGAGACAUGGUUGGAGGCUGGGGGUGAGGGCUGGUGUUAGGAUGUGAUUUAUUUUUUUAUUUGCAUGAAUAAAAAUGGAAAGCAAGAAAGAACACAGUGGAUGAGGGUAUCAUGGAGCCACGCUGGCCCCGAGAAUGUGAGGUCAGAUCAUGAACCACAGCGGGAAGGAGGGGGGGGUGUCAUGUCAUGGUUUUAUGGAAAAGAGGGAGGAAGAGGGGGUGUGUGUGUAGAAAAAGAUGGAUGGACAAAUGAUGUAUGGAUUGAUUGAUCAGGGUUUUUUCUUCUUAAUUGGCUGAAUUCUUUUUGUCUCUUCAAAUGAGGAGACAAUCGAAAGAAAUUGGUCACCUAUAGCUGCUGUAGUAGCAUUUGCCGUAAUCAUGCUGUAUGUGCAUGCAUUUUUAUGUUUGUAGCUAAACAUUUGAAGGAUGUGUUCUGUUUUUGUGUUUACUACAUACACAGGGGUAAAAAAAAAAAAAAAAAAGCAAAGAUCAUGAAAUGACUCCAUCUUUAUUUCCAGGAGUCAGAUACUGAGCCAGCUCUUGUGCCACAGCGUCUUUCCAGGAUAGAGGCUGUUAUUUGACCGUAAACUCCAGUCUUCUCAUUCAACCCUGCUGUCAAAAACACAGCAUUUGUGCCCAUUUCCAGGCCAGUGAAAAAUGUAUUCCUUGACAUCUGGUUUCUUGCAGUCCUCUGCCCAAAAUGCUGCUCCCCCUGUCUGGUCAGAUCUAUUUUCGAGUCCUGCUUUGGUCUGCCAUUUCCUAAAUUAGAGCCAAAAAAGAAUUUGAGGAUUCUUCCCGAAGAGCAUGUAGAUAUGUUUGUCUUUGCAUCCUGAAGACAUGACUGAUCGUUUGUGUGUAUUUCCAGUUUAAUUUCAAGCCUUACGUUUACCUCCUGGUUUCUAAUGAGUCUUGUCUUUUCGAAGAUAAACUGGUCUUUUGGGGUUUGGGCUGAUUGACAGAUAGCUUGGGCCAUCAUUCUGGCCAAGAGAAAGUAAUUGAUUAUCUGCUGCAAUGUCUAGGGUUCACGAGUGGCCCAUCAGCAACACAGGAGCCAUGGAGAGAUGUGCUUGUGUGUCUGUGAUCAUGUUCAUGGGCUCAUUUUUGUGAAUGCGUUUCUAUUACAAGAGGAGGAAGCCUGUGUGGGUUGAGUGAGAAGAUGCUCUGUGGUCACACCAGUGAGUCAGUUACUGUAAAAGCUCUUCACUCAAAACAGCUACUUAGCAAAACCACAAAAACACAUAUUCCCUCAUAGUCACAAUUUAAUGUGAUAUCAGAGAGGCUGACUCAUCAGUGCCUGUGUCCGUUUUGGACAUGGCAAGUCAAAGGCUGGAAUGCCAACAUUAAACACAGUAAACAAUGGUCGCUCUAGUGACUUUGGGUUUACUCUACUCUACGAUAUGUUCAUAUGGACAACUCACAAGUACAGUCAUCUACACAUUUAGAUAAAAUCUAUACCAAAUCACUGAUGACAGCAGGCUGACGACAUUUUUUCACCUUUGGGACACCAUACUGUGACCUUUGAUUUGGAAAAGGUCUCUCUAAUUAGACUAGAAUGAGAUAAAAGUCUGCCAGAAGCUUUUUGGACUGUGAACAGGCAAAGCUUGUUUUUAACAAAGCAGGCUGCCUGCAUAAACAUCGGGCACUUUUUUUUACAUCCUCAUCCAGGAAAACACUUUGCAGAACAUGCCCGUUUUUUUCCUCUCCAGCUCUGCGCUCCGGAUUUGAUUCGUCACAAGCUAUUUUGGACAAGCGUCUCGAGGCUUCCCAUAAUGACCACAGUGUCCCACCAGUCUCUAAUGAAUGAGGGAGCAUGUGUAGGUCAAGUGUUUCGCUGAAGGGCAUCUUCAUAGUCAUAGUAAUUUCGUCAUUGGCCGGGGUGAUGUGAUACUAAUCUGCAAUCUUAUUGGUCAACAUGGCGCUAAUGAUGUUAAGUUCAAAAACUAAACAAAUCUGAAAGAGCACAUUAACAGUCUUCCGAUGUUUACCAGCUCUUCCUACAUGGCCAACUGAAUUGCCUGUUUAUGUGAGGACCAUCAAACUCAUUCUGCCACUGAGCUGACAUCGGUAAAAGUAACAGAGGUGAAACGCUGUCUCAGGACACAAUGGAGAUUGCUGUAUCUGAUUCCAAAUGGGUGUGUCAUGACUGUAUAUACUCUGGACAGCUUGGUUCCACCUUCCACCACUAUACAGAUUUGAAGCCGAAAAGCUCUCGGUAAUUCCACUUGUGCAGUAGCACUGUACGCAUUCGGUGGGAGAGUUGCAGAGUCGCUGUGAUGACGCUUGGUUUAAACAGCGUAUCCUCCGGGUGAGCUAAGCAAUUUUUGUAUACCCAUAGGCUGUAUCAAGUGUCAAUCAUAAAAACAUGAACCCCCUAAUAACUUUUAAAAACGGAGCUUCACAGAAAAAAGAGGACUUGAGCACAAACCAGUCUUACAAUAACUACAUGUCAAUAUUGCAACCAGGGGGAAAAAAAAUUAUAUUCUGUGUAAUUAAUUUCUAAAGUUUGUCCACAGCUCCAUAGGGAUUGCUGGAGGAGGUGGGAUUUAUGACCUUUACUGCAGCCCGUCAACAGAGGGUGCUGUUUUUGGGGUGGCUUCACCCAGCGAGAAGACAGACGGCGUCCAUUCUAUAUACUGUCUAUGGACACCACAGUGAUGUGUUUCUAGUGAUAAUUCAUUUAAGUGAUUAGUAAAUAUGGUAGAUUUGAGGCACAUAUCCCUUGUCAACAGCAGUACACCUUCCAAUAAACACAAAGUUUUUAGUCAUUACUUGUCCAAAACCUCCUUUGAUCAGGUAAACACUGGAUAUAAAAGACAUGCUGCUCAAAUACUGUGGGGGUUUCCUGGAGUUUUGCACUCAAAGAAAACGGGCUUUGCUUAGUUUAUUUGAGCUCUGCAGGUUUAAAAGAGAGCUCUGUCAACCUGAGCUUCAUGAAAGUGCUGCAGGGGCAGAGGAAGAGAAAGUAACAGUGGCAACCUGAGUGAGUUUAUUAGUCUUUGUCUGCAGGAGGUUGCAAUGCCGAGCUCAGGCUAUUUCUGGCCUUUGCAGACACACACAUAUGCUCUUGAUCACAGAACACACUUUUUUUCCUCUGAUAGUCUUUCUCUAGUGUUUUCUUGAUAAGACAGCUCAAUGGUCAGCAGCACUUAGCUGCUAAAAUGCAUUAUCUUCAGUCAGUGAAUGUCUCCCCUCAUGUCUUUUAGCCCUUAUCUGGCCUAUUUAUAUCUGCCCCACAAAGACUUUGGGUACUGAGUACUAUUCUGACAUACUCAUGACUUGUAGAGGGAAUACAGCUUUUCCAUACCGUCCCUCUUUUAUUGGUCUUUGGUUAUAAUUUGCCUUUAGCAGUAUUUGAAAAUGCCCCUGGCUGUUUGUACUUUGCUCAAACGCCAAGAAACUGACUUGGAUGGUUGUUUGUAUUGAGGAAAUUCCCUUGGCAUCUCUCUUCAGUGUCCUCCUCUUGAGGAAGAAAGUGCUUUGGAUCUUAUGGCCAUCACGCUGCAGUGCCACAUCGGUAAUGUUUGAGCGUAACGAUGGUAACGGCAGGCCAGAAAGAGCACUGUGAUAAUUACCCAGUUGUCGGUGAGUCCUAAGGGCAGCAGAGACAAUAUAAAGAGUUUUAUCUGAUGCAAUGCAAAUAUGCAGUGUAAAUGCCACUACCCUCAGCAGAUACACAACCCUGUUUAAGUUUGACAGUCUGGUUCACAGAGACCAGCGGAGUCGGUAGUAUUGGCUGUCUGCCAUUGGGUUAGCGCUGUGGCUCUGAAACUGGGAAACAAACCAGUGCUGGUGCUGCCCUCCCACCUCAGAGGAGUGUGAGUCACAAUCUUCCAAGGGGUAAAUUUUGGUCAUUCAACAGCUAAAAUCAACCUUUUAAGAUUCUGUGCUUAAGACAUCAAAUAUGGAUGUAUCAUAAAAAGUGGUCCAAUUUGCUACCCAAGCUUGAUCCUUCAGAGCAGUCUGGUAAAUCUUUUCUGUUCAUGUUUUCUGCUCUACUGUUUUGUUUGAUGUUAGUUCCUGUUAGUUGGUUUUCCUAAUGAUUCGGUGUCCAGGUGGUUAUUUCUGAAGGGUGCAUACGAACAGAUGUCUCGAGUCACCAGGAGCCCUGAAUGAUUCAUUUUGUUACGUAGUGUCAGAAAAUAAGAGCAAGAACCAAAAAUAGUUUGGUGGAAAACCCAAAGUUGCUCAGUCACAUCACAGUAACAAAAACCUGAAUAUCCUGCAGCUGAAACUUCCAAAUCUACUGAAACGGUUAACUGGACUAAUUGAUUCCAAUGAAUUCAGUAUUGGUGGAAUUGACUUGCGCAAUUACAGAAUAGAUCAAGUUAGGUUGUGUAUAAAAAGUCAACAGGCUGUAAAAGUUAUGGGGUAGAAGACCUUAAUCAAGUGAUUUGGUCAAAUACAUGAUCUUAAAAUGCAAACAGAAAUAAACAAUUUCACUCUGGACUUCAAACACCUCUGCUUUUUUGUCUUUCCACUGUUUCUUAAGAUUCCAAGACUUUGAUUUCCAAAUAAAAUACAAAAUUUACUUUUAUCUAAGAAGAGGAAUUUGGACCUCUAAUCAACAGUGCAGUUCUUAUACGCAUAGCUCUUGCUCUUGAACCUCUCCCAAGAUCUUGAAUCAACCUUCUUGACGAUCAUUUCAAAGCAUACGCAUCUUUUCCUAACAUUCAACUUUUCAUUCAAACCCUGUGACCUUCUGUGGUUUACCCUGCAUGUGGUCGAUAAUCAUCUUCUGGACAACUGUCAAGUCAGCAGUCUUUCCCAUGGUCAUGGUUGUUUAUGCUGAAUUACACCGAUGGAUAAAUGGUAUUCAUUACGUUUGAAUGAUUAUUGACUCUCACUCUAAAUUAAAUAUUCUAAUAUUUUUUAGAUGUUAAAUUUACUUUUUUCAAGCUGGUCCUACAUUGACCAAAUUUUUUAAACACGCUUGAAACAUUUUAAUUACAUGUCAUGAAUCUUGAAUAAACUGGAUUUUCACUCUUAUGGAAAGUAAUAAACCUACAUCUACAAACCUAAACUUACACAACAUACGCAGCAUUUAACCAAUCAAACAGCUCAUUAAGGCGAAGAAUACUACCACUUAGAUACUGCUAAGUACUUGAUCAUUGUUGGUCAACACUUCAACAGUAUCAAGUAUUUAGUUUGACUGAUCAUUUGUCUUUUUUCAUCAUGGCUGGGUCACAGUGACUUUUUCUCUUGAACCCCUGUGGAAAAGAUUAAGAAGUCAGUGGUGAGAUGGGGCCACCUGAAGUCACUGUGCUGAAGGUAAUAGGGGUCAUGUGGGUUAACGUCGAGAUCAUUCCCCUGCAGUCAGCACUCCUCCCCUUUUCGCCCUUGUCUUCCUCCUUAAAAUUGAGUAUAUGUGUCCUCCUGUGUGGUGUCCACCUCCCCCAGGUCCCCCUGUGCUCUUCAGACAAGACAACCACCUUCCAUCAAUAACCCCCAGCCCCGCCUCCUUUAACAUCUGCACCUUGCCUCAUCUUUGAACCACUAUCAUCCCCUCUUAUUGGUCCCUUUUCAUCCAUCUGCAUUCUAUUUUGGUAUCUGCUCUUGUACCCUUUCCAUCCUUUCAUCCCCCUCUUACUCUCUACCCCUUUUGUUGAACGCCAGUAGGUCGGGGGUAAACAAAAAAAGGGGGGGAGAAAAAUGCAAGAAAAGAGAUGACACACAGGCGACCGGUAACCGUGGCAACGCAUGCAGCUUGUCAAAGUGUCGCCCUCGCCAGUGUUGGAUCGCUUCAAUAACUGCCUUUCCCCCACUUCUUCCAGAUUUUUUUUCCUCCCCCUUGCAUGUCACCAGUCGGCCUAAGAAAAAAGCUCCUCAUGCCAACUCUCAUUCAUCUCAAUGGUCCCCAUUUUGCUAAUUGAUAACCCUAAUUGGCUACAAGAACCAAUCCUCAGCCUCUGUGUACUCCCUGCAGACGGUGUCCCCUGUGUAAUGUUCUUCCUGUAUAAGGUCAAGGCUACAGAAGGAAUCCUAUCUGUGCAGUGAGACAGCUCAACAUCGACACCAUAUACAGUUUCCCUCUGUGUGUUUGCUGCUGCUGUAUGUGUAGUGAUGUGCUGACAUAUAGAGGCUGACAGUAAUCAGACGUCCCCAUUGCCGCUCUCUGUUCCCCCUGUCAGCCGGGCUGAGCCAGGAGCACAUUAGAAUCUGAUCUAUCUCCCUCCUCUAUGGCAAGUGAACGCAGAGCACUGGAGUGUGUCACAGCCCGCCUUAUAGGAAAGAGAAGAAGAGGACUCACUGCUGGGCUAUGCAGAGAAAUAACAGACAGUGGUGAGGCAUUUUUAUUCUCCGUGCGUCCUUGUUUCAUUUCUGUCUCCUCCCAAGCUGCCUCUGUUCUCUUUGCUUCUCAUUUCCUACCUUCUCCUCCUUCCACUGCUCCAUUUUUUUUUCAUUGCUUUCAUUUCGUCAAUCGAAAGGAACAACCUCCUCCCACUCACUCGUUUUCCAACUCUUGCCUCUCCGCUGUCAUUCUUAGCUUUUUUUCCCCCCAUCCCACAUUCCCUACAUGGCGACCUUAAAUUUCUAAAACGCCGUCCAUUUCUGCACCAUUUUGCUCAGAAAGCCUCAAAGGGGGGAACAGGCCUGGGUUUUAACAAAAGUCCAUGGUGUACACAGUUAAAGGGAUUAUCUAAAAAUAGACUUGGGUUUUCUUCCCCAUCUUGGUCCUUUUUUUUUUUUUUUUUUUCAUGAAUUCAGUUUUAUGUGCGUUGAGUAAAUACCCCAGAGACAAAAAUGUUUGUUUGUACAGAAUCUUGGUUAAUAUUGGUUAAAAGCAUUUUCUUUCAGCUGUGGUGUCCUACCAGUGCAGAUGAAGUGCUGUAAAAGUAUCAUAACUCACAAAAUCACUUCAACAUGUCAAACCGACAGUGGGAAAACGCUCCAUCAGAGUCAAGCAUCAUCAAAACUAACCCAUUAGCGCCUGUUUCUACUGUGCUCUUCCUGUUGGAUAAAUGCACAUGUUUUCUGGGGAAUGAGAAAGAAGAUUAAAUGGAAUACUAGGGAUGCUUGUGUUCAGCUGUAAAAAAAAAAAAAAAAAACAUGAAGGGGGUUACAAAGCACAUAUAGUAAAACUGUUCAUAAGGAGACAUACACGCCCACUCUUGCACCGCUGGAUUUCCUGAUUUAUCUUCUUUGCUCUUUAGCAGCGUAGCAAAGCUGUAAGCUUUGAGCCUCCUGCAGAAGAGACCGACACGGCGCAGCAGAGUCUAAUGCUGCUCUCCUCAUGCAGCAGAUGAAACGCCUUUGUCUCACCAUGUCAGAGCAUGCCGGGUCCAGACUAAGGCGGCCUAGUCAGAGGAUUCUACUCUUGGACUCAUGACACGGGCAGUGAUGAUCCAGCACGACUGACUCCACACUGAUGCAACAUCUGAAAGCUGUGCUCCUCCCCGGGGCAACAAGAGGCUGUUGGUUUACUAUCUGCAACCUAAUGAGGCUGUGCUAGCAUUCAGGAAACAGUGAAAUGAGAGGCAGUGAGGGGCUCUUCCCAUGUGGUCUCUUUGUACUGCUGCAGUUUGUCCUCAGGCCCAUUUUCACAAACACAAUCAGAUCUACUAAGGAGAGCUGGCAUGAGGAAUUAGUGCUUGAUUUCAGAGCAGUCAAAUGCAUUUAAGAAGAGGAGGUAAAGGAAGAAAAUCCAGUCAUGAGUGGGUGAAGCUGCCGCCCCCCAAAAACACAAGCAGAGAUACACACCCUAUACUUUACAAGCCAUAUUUAACCGGGUGCUAUUUCAGACAACUGCGCUCAGCCUUUUUUUAUGAUGCUCUCCUGCUUAAAUCAAUUACGAGGAGCAGCAGUAGCAUACAGACAUCAGCAGUAAUAACCCACGGGGCUGCAGGGCUCAGUGAGUGAGUGGUGAUUAUAAAAAACACACUGACUUCAAGCUGCAAAUGUGACCGGGGACGGAGGCACACAGUCAAAUGAAGCAUCCACUCAGAAACAAAAGAGUGAAAAGUCACUCUCAUUUUGAGCUGAGGGUCUGCUUGUGUGCCCGUGUGAGUGUGUGUCUUAGAGGAAACUGCAGAUUGGUGCAGUUAUUAGACAGACAUGCCUGCCUGUCUUCUCUCCUAACAAAAACCAUCCUGCUGUUUGCUCCACAGACCUGCUCCUUUAAUGAGGUUGAAUGAGAUUUUUUUUUCAAAGACAUUAUGGAGGCAACUUAGCGUAAUUAAAGCUGGUGUGACUGUCUGAGCUCUUGCCUUCUUCUCUGUACCUCUCAUUUGUCUUUAUGAGUAUCUAUUGUGUGUGUGUUCGUACGUCUCAGCUGUCUAUUCCUGUUGCAUUCUCCCUCAGGGCAAACUGACACUUCAUCUCCGCGGCGAUGCUAAUUAAAAAAUCAGGAUGCAUAACAGAAACAUCAUGUUCAAUAUGACUCUUAUCAGCAUGCGAUCUGAGAGGGCUGUUUUGAUGUUGUUGGUUUUUUUUUGUUGUUUUCUUUCAGCUGGACCCAGAGAACACCGGUUUCAUCCCAGUGGAGAACUUCACCAGCUUGGUGGAGCACCAUGAGCUGCAGCUGGACCCAUCCAAGCUGGACAUGCUGUUAGCUCUGGUCCAGAGCAAUGAAGAAGGACAGGUGUGCUACCAGGAGCUCAUCGAGUUGGUGAGUGCUCCUUUAAGAGACAUAAGAUGAGACACAAAUUUCUAUACAUGCAACCACUGUUGUUGGUUUUCAGAAAAGGUUACAGAAUUGAUUCAGACAGAGCUGGCGAGCUGCGCCGCACUGAAAAUUGACUCGACCAUUCAGGUUGUUGUCCUGCUAAAGAAAGGAAGAUCAAUCUUUCCGGUUAAUGUGUCGGUAAAUCCAAACACUUAACCUCACAGGCUGUGUGCAGCAGCAACUACUAGAAAAUACCCGCAUCAAUCUGACAGAGGAAAAAAUAUUACAGCAGCAUAUUUAGUCUAUCUUGCCUGAUAUACUCUAACACAAUUUUAUUUUGAAUGUAUUAACAUAGAAAGUAGUCUUACAGCAGCAAACAGGUAUACUUUAAACACUUGAGUACUGUUAUAUUCUCUUAACUACAGCUGCAAAAACCUCUGAGUAUUUGUCCUUUGCUUCAGCUUUAAAUGUAAGGCCAGGCUCUUCAUCCGCUUUCUCCUCACUUUAACGUAUUUCCAAUAGAGCUCCUUUUAGGUAUUCAUUCAUGAACACCUGCCUUUAGCUCCUGGCACUGUAACAGGUAUAAGCACCAAGAUUAUUCAGCGCAAUGCAAUUCUUGGCAAAAUUUCAAGUGCUUAAGCUCAUUUCCACUUCACCGUUUUUUUCUUUCUCUGUUUAUCUGUUCUUAUUUUUUUAUCUUUUUUGCCUCCCCUCCGUUGUGCUGCUCAUGAUUUCGUAAUGAAGCCCGUAUGAAGCGACUUAAUUUUGAGCACGUCUCAGUGUUGAGCUGCUGCUCGCUCAGCGCGGACUAGGUAUGCAAGAAAAAAAACGAGACAAUUGAGUGUAAAGAUAUCAUGUUUUGUGAAACUGCCAAAUACUAUCAUUUUCUAACUUAUUUAUUUUAUUGUAUUUGAUCAUGCUGCACAAAAAGAAGUGAUUUGAUGUUGGGUGUUACAGGGACUGUAAUGAAUACAAAUGCAUGUCCUGCUGUAGUAACUACACAAAAAAAGCAGUUUAAUUUCUCUGAGAUUUAUGCAAAUGAUGGUGUUCUUUAUACUGUAACAGUAUUCCUGAAAUAGAAUUUAAAAAUCCCAAUAUAAUCAUGCAUACAUUAUGUAGGGCAUAAUAGAAAGUGAGCAGAUUAUUCUAGCUGAGCAGAACCCUGAGAGGGUAAGAAGCAUCCUGUCUUGUUUUACCUGACAGGGUUCAUGUCAUUUUACUUAUUAUACAUCGAUGAUUUUACUUCACAUCCUGAUUUAAAGUCAUAACCUUUUCUCCAAUUCAGUAACAGCACCAUGACGCAGCUCUGCCGUCACCACACCUUUCCUCUUUUAUAUUUUAUCCCACAACAGAACAAUAUCACUGUCCCAGUGUGUCAUUAUACAUUAAAUUACAACGCCAUAGACACACAGGAUCACAACACACAGCAGGGGCCUCACAGACAGACACACCCAGACAUGUAUACACAAAGCACAGCACCUCCUUCGCCAGCUCAGUGUUCCUGUCUCACCUCUGUAAUGCCUCUGUUACUACCUCUAAUGCCAGCUCAGCAGUGGUCUUGGUCCCACUAUCACACCCCUGAGAGUCACCCCUGACACUCAAACUGAGUUUCCGAAGUGUCAAUGUGCCACCUUGACCCGGCAGUGUCAUGAUGGCUUUGGACAUGAUUUUACUGAUUUAAAAUUUGUAGGUCUACAGUAUCAGUUGAAAAUCAUUUAUUACACCCACAGCUCAGGCUGCAUCCACGGUAACGUUUAACAGUAGUGUAGACUUCAUAAGAUGAGCUGUUUUUACUUACAUUAAACUGAACACCAGACUCACCUCUGAUUAGAUUCUCCUCUAGAGUCUGUGAUUAGAGCCACGUCUCUGACAUCUUCACAGCUACAGUUUGUUUGGGGGGGAAAUAAAAGGCCAUUGCUAUGAAAUGUUGCUACAUAAUGAAUAAUCAGAUUCAAGUGCUUAACACAGCUGGUCAUAUAUUAUCUGACAGUGUGAAGCUCUUGAUUGUAAUCGGUUAAAACCCUCAAACAACUGCGGUGACUCUGAAGAGCAGAAGUAAGGCUGGGUCAAACUGAUUACACAUGUUGUUAUCUGGCACAUUUCACUAAUGCAGAACAUAAGAUCCUGUGAGCAUCAUCAGGGUGAGAUUCUAAUUCACAUUACCACCUACUCACUAUAUAUGAUCCCAUACAUACUGCAGUAUAUUGUCCAAUAAUUAUUUUACAGCAGCCCUCAGUCAUUGCAGUGAGCAGCUACCUCUUCCCUCCAUGUUUUUUUCCAAGAUCUGUCUAAUUCCAAGACAUUCAGAUCUUUGACUCAUCAUCCUAAAGCUGCGUCACAUUACCUCCUCCCCUUUUGAACCUGACUCCUUGAACUUACAGGUCUCUUUCAGUCAACACUCCUCGUGAGCAUAUGUUAGGUGGGAGGAGGGGAGCCUGCCUCGCCUCCCACAGCAUCAAGGAGACACUUAAAAUUACCCAUCAGGCAAAUGCAAAUUGCCUUCGAUUAGCCCAGCAUUGCCAGUAGCAGGCAGUAAUCUAAGGUAAUUUGAAAACGCCUAGCCUCACACAGAUAUCGACCCUUAGGUCUGAUUCUAAAGAUUUGCCCUGAUACACACAUGUGGACUUGUGCAAACCCCACACACACGGCUCUGUCAGACCAUGCAUACAAUUUGCAUAUAUACAAACGCUUUCAAGCUCAGUUAUUAUUAAUUAAUGCAACCACCCACUUCCUCUCUGUCUGUCUCACUACUCCUCUCUCCUUGAUGUACACACACACACACACACACACACACACACACACACACACACAGUCUCCAACACAGACAGACUCUCAUUCAUACACAUGAGGGCUGCCGCUACAGAUUUGCUGACUAAUUUAGAAGAUAUUCCAAUGUGUAUCUGGCUUCCCGUCAUGUAGCAUGUAAUGUGUGAGCUGUCUGCAGCAAGCUCCAGGCCGACACUGGGAAAUUGCCAUAUGUAGUAGCAUGACAUUUUCAUCCAGAACACCAACAAACGCCUGCAGCUUUUUUUCUCACUCCUUUUCUGUCCUUUCUUUCUGCUGCUCUUUGACUUUUACAAUUUUCACCCUUGUCUCUCCGGCCUCUUCUUUAGCACUCUCUUAAAACUGCUUUUUCAUUGCUUGUCGAUGUCUGGACUGAUAUAUUAGUGGAUUCCCAGUGACAGAUGGCAAAAGUGUUUGGAUUUGGAAAGUUAAGAGCUGCCAUGAAAUCAUAGCCACUGCCUGAGGUCUGGUGUCCAUAUUGAUUUGUGGUCAAGCCAUGACUGAAUAUCUAACUCCCCAUCAACAAAUUAAAAUGGACACAGCAAUGCGUAGAAUAUAUGUUUAUGCAGUAACAUGGUUUUUCCUAAGCUCUCAGCCCACAAGCUGCCUCCAUUUCUCUCAGUUGUGUCUCUAAACAGGUUUUCACAACAUUUUCUCUGAUUUGUUGUUCUGCAUUUCCUCAGCACAGCCGUGAAUCCGCGACUGCUUCUCUCGACCCCAGUGGGUGUAAAUGUUUGAAUCACACCGCCAGGCAACAGCUUCUCUGGUGUCUGAGCGUGUGUCUGUGAGUCUGUGAGUGUGUGUGUGUGUGUGUGUUUGAGUGUGCAAGUACAAGACUGUGUCUGACAUCAUUUUUUGCUCAACCAAUCUUUCAUGCAGGGCGAUCUUAGCCUGAGAACUCCAUCAGUUCAGCCAGCGGGGUGAAUAAGUAAGCUCUGCUAAAACCUCUCUAGAGGAAACUCCACACACACACACACACACACACACACAUAUACAUAUGCACUCACUUGGAGUAUAGUUGUACAGCAUCCCUGACUGCUUUCCCUCAGAAUUCCACGCUGCAGAACAACUACAACACGUCACACCCUUAGUGACACAUUUCCACAAAAUUACACACUGACGCUUUGCCAGCACAGGAGGCUGAAAGACACCUGAAGUGCAGAAGUUUACACUCUGCCACUUUAUCAACGCUGGUUCUGUGAUAGACCAGCAUGUGUUUAUGAUUUCGGAGUAAAACUGGAACAUCUGAAGGCGUCGACACAGAAGAUAUUCCUAUGUGUGUAUCGAUUUCUUCAAAGAGAGUCCUCCGUUGCUCUCAUCCACCAGCUGUGUAACUGAAGAAGUGUGUCAUUGUUUUCCUUCGGGUGGUAAUUUGGCUAAUGUUCGACGGAGAUCCAAAAUGGCUGCCACGGUUAAUUACACGGGUGGAGGGUGUAUUUCAGAGAUUAUGGCAGGGGGAUUCUCUUUGUUCAGGUCAGAGGAUUUUGAGAUUCUUUGUGUGCCUCAUUUUUCACCCUUUUGUUGGGUACACUUACAGUCAGUGUUCCCUUUGGAGACCUACUCUGAGAAACUUAUAUAAUAUUGUUCAAAGGUUCGACUUUAGAUUGCCUGAGACUUUUGUCACAUCUGCAGUCGUGAUGCAAGAAAGAGCACUUAUAGAGCAGGAAUGAACUUCAGCUACACUCCAAGUCAAGAGACACUCUGCAAGUUGUUGACACAGUGUUUUAAAGUUUUCAAGUCAUUCUAAGUCACAUUAAGCUCCCAGAGUGCUUCUCUCUCCAGGGACAAAGACGUUACCUAUCAACAUCACAUCCCACACCAAACUCCAGUCAAGGCUCUCUGUUUUAGACGGCUUCUCAGCUAAAAGUGAUGCACUCAGCUUAAGUGUCCUGGAGUGAAGGGUUUUUCUUCUUUUUUUUUUUUUUUCCCCCUUUCAUGACUUUUAGCACCACAAUGAUUAAACCAUGAAGGCAGUCAGGCUGUGGAGGCAAAACUGCAGCAAGGGAAAAAAAAAAGGUGGACUCACAUUUUAUAAGGAUUUGGAAGAAAAAGAGUACAAGUAUCUGGGUCAGGGUAGAAAAAGGCUGAGAUCUGUGGUGAUUUAGACUGUACUGUUAGAGGAAGCAUGAAUGUGAGUGAAUAAGUGAGAGUGCAACAAAGAGGUGCAUUUUUGUGUCCUCAGUGAUCUCAUGUUAGACUGUACGGUGGCCCUGAAGUGAAAGCACAACAACAAAUCAUAAAACACAACAACAACUGUGGCUGUGUCUUGGAUGAAUGUAACUUCUUUGAUGCUACCCCACGACAUGAUGAAUGAAUAACUAAGCUACUGAAAACCUUUUAGUUCAGCAUGAGAGUUGUGUGAUCUCUGUCCUUUUUGUCUUUUAUGUUCCUUUUAUCACUUUUAUUUCUUUUAUGCUUUUGUGUUUUUAUUUCAUUCAUUUUAUUUCAUUUUAAAUGUUUUUUACUUGCUUUUAUUUAUUUCCUCUUGAUAUUUUCUGCAGUGUUUGUUCUUUUAAUUUUACUUUGCAGCACUUGAGUAAACUUGAAUGUUUUUUAAAAUGUGCUAUAUAAAUAAAGCGGAUUGGAAUCUUUUUAAUUUCAAAAAUAGCAAAGCUACCAUAUAGAACUACAGAAAAUUCAUGUUAAUCCUAUAAUUCAGCUAUUUGUAGCUCUGUUACCGCCCAACACAAUAGUGACACUGUUAGUCUGGUGACGCUGACUCACAGUGUAAGCUUGAUUCAUUGCAUUUUUUCUAGAAAUUUACUCAUAAAAAAGGAUUUAUCAUGCAACAUACUGGGGGCGCGCAGAUGGCCGAGCAGGUUACUGCGCCCCAUACAUAGGGACCACGGUCCCGCAGCGGUUGCAGGUUCGAUUCCACACCGACCAUGUGCUGCAUGUCCUCACCCCUCUCUCCUUCUGUCUCCCCAAAUUUCACCCUGUUCUUCCAAUAAAGGCUUAAAAAAACAAAAAUAAAAAAAUAAUGCUACAAUCUCAGUACACAUGGGCUAUUGUCUAACAAUGAUAGGAGUAAACGUCCUGUAAUUCUGUUGUUGCCACAGCUAGUGGUGAACAACUUCCCUGCAUCAUGCAUCAAAAAUAUAAGUAAAAGCAAGACAUCAUAUUAACUCUGGAUAAAAUCUGAUUUGUUUAUGUUUUUUUUUUUUUUCUGCAGACAUCUGAAUGGCCUUUGAACCACAAUAUUUUAAUUAUUACUAAUGAGCAUUGAGCUGUGAGUUAUUGACCAUGUGGUGCUGCUAAUUAAUCCAUCAAGGACAAUUGACCAGAGCUGAGAGCAGCAUGUACAGUAGACACCAUGCAGCUACCAAGAAGAGCAGGAUGGACCCUUGCUGCUUGACACACACACACACACACACACACACACACACACACACACACACACACACACACACACAAACACACACUGCUGUCAGCCAUUCCCAAAGGGGAAUACUAUCUUUAUCUCAGGGCUCUUAGCCUCAGCAUCAAUUAUUCCCUGACGGUUCCUUGUCAGGGAACUUCCACUGUUACCGAAGCAAAAGUCAGGUUUUCUCUUUCUUUCAUCAUUGUAUGUGAUACCUUUCUCUACCUUGCUUUUCCCUCGGCCUGAAAUUUCACAUGCAUUAUUGUGUAUUCGCAGUCUCUCCUGUCAUCACUUCAAAAGGCUGCAAAUGCUCAUUUUAGCGGCUGCAGAGAAGGCGAGGCGGAGUGACAGCUAUGCUUAGCCGUGCUUCCUGGGAAUGAAUUUUCACACAAUAGAAUGAAUGGACAGGAGAAAACGCGGGGUAUGUUGAAGGCUGGAGAGGUGGCAGGUGUUAUGAAGCUAAACACGGAUGAAAUAGGGUCAGGAAUAGAAGAAUUACCUGUCCUGAACAAUUCACAUGUGUGAUUCAAACCAUGAUUCAACAAACAGGCUAUUCCCUUAAAUGUUACACCACCAAUUCACUUAUAUUUUCUGUGUUAUUCACCCAGGAGCAUUAUAUUUACAGAGUGUGCCUUUUUGUUAGCCAUUCUGCCUGACACUAUAGAGCCACCAUAGUGUAAAAGAAUGUUACAUUUACUAACUCAGAUGUCCGCUGAUUUAAUAUCCAUAAAAAGCACACUAGUCUCUAUAAUAACCUUUCAUUCAAACAUUUGUUCUCUUGGCUGUCUCACAUUUAAAUAUGCUUUUCUUACAAUUUAGCAUGCAGGGUGAUAUUGAUUCACCACUUACAGGCUAAUGUUACAGAUCUCAUUUAAAAGUCAGGUCAGUCUGGGACACCUACAGAGUCAUUUUGUAUAAUUAAUAUCUCAAAAUAUCAUAAGGCACCGGUGUAAACCAUAACUUCAACACUAUUCAGCCUGCAUGCUCUAUUAUGGCUACUUUUUCAGUAAUAAAAAAUUUGACACAGCUUGUGGGUCUUUUUUCAAGUCAAGGUGUCAUAACAAGACCUGAAAGUUGUCCCUUCACUGAGGAUGUCUGAGACUAGCUGUUCACACCCACUCAGCAUUCCAUUUAGCUUACAAUAUUGCUACGCUAGCUGUUUUUAUGUCACAGCUUGUGGCUCCAGUCAUUCAUAGAAGCUCUCUAUUGACGGGAUGGCCCCAGCUCAGGAUUUAAAUCCAGUUUGCUCUAGCCUCUGUUUACAAAAUAGUGAUCAGUGAAUUGGUGAACAUAAAUAGUUGUGAUGAGGCUUCUGUCCCCCAAAACAGCCAACAGAGUGUAGAUCAGAGAAAAGAGGUAAAAAACAAACUUUCUGGCUUCCAGUUGGGUAAAACUUCAACUAAACCUCCAGGUAGGCCCCACCCCUAAGUAUUGUCCUACCAGAACAGCAUGAAGGGAUUACGACACCAUCCGUGUGUCUCAUAUUAUGAAACUCUGCAAAAAUUUCAAAUGGACAUCCAACAACGUAGCAUAAUUUGUAUGUUUUAAAAUCUAAAUCAGCACAUAGGUGUCCUUUAACAAAGGAUUUACCAUCAAGUGAACAUGGAAACCAGCCAGUAUAUGUAUCCACUCCUGAGAGACAUCAGGUCAUUGUCAAAUAAAGUGCCAUGCACUGAUUUCAGCCGCCAGUGUGUAUCCGUUAAGUUGUGUCAGAUAAAUGCUGACGAGGCCGAAGAAGUCACUUUUCGUCCAAACUGAUUUAUUUUUACUGUCAAAUGUGAAAGAAAAUGUCAGCAGUGUGGGAGUAAUACACCCUCCCUGAAAAUGAUCAGCAAAAGACAGUUUGUAAGACAUGCUGACAUUUCAAGAGCGACUUAAAAGGGAACAAUUUCAAUGCAUCAAAUCCCACAGAGCGUUCAAAAAUCAGACCAGAGAAUAACAAAGCACUAAUGCAUAAUGAAGGGCUCAUCACCAUCCUGUUGGUUGGCUGGUUAGCUAGCUUGUGAUAUUUCGUACUUUUUGGAGAAAUCUGUCAGUCAUAUGCUUGGAGAGGUUUGAGAGGGUUUCAUGAGUGUCUUAUAGAUACAGGUUUGGUAAGUCUGUUCAUCAUCUGCAACAGCUCUGUUUGCUGACUUUCCUUUUUUGUUCAUACUGCCUCCUAGUGGAGAUGCAGAUAAUGAUAGAUCACCCUCUAAGUCACUCAUAAUAAAGUCAUAUUUAAUAGACACUAAGUAGUGAAAAAUGGAAAAUGCCAAGAUUGAAUUGUUUCGAAUAAUAAGUACCAAAAAUAGGAGAUGUAAAUAUUAGUAUAAUGUGCAACACUUGUUCACUGGUAGCCCCUAGAAUCUGUAAGUCAAUCUCACCCAUGCAGGCAUCUCAUCCUCUUGCCUUAAUUUCCCUCCUCUCUGCCUUCUAAUGUCCCUCGUCUCCUCCUCUUCUGCUUUCACACCCUGCCUCAAGUAAAGCAUAAUUGCAUUUUCCAGAGUGAUUUCCAUACUAAAUACACAUCCCCCUCCAUCUGUGGGAGAGCCAGCAGCUCUCGCUCAACAUCGUUCUGGUUAUCGCCGUGCAACAGGCCCUCCUACCCUAACUGUGCAAGAAUUACCCAUAGUUAAGCUAGUUACCACUUCCUUUGCUUAUUGCCUUCAUUUCCUUAAAAAAAGAUUUUUUUUUCUGACAGAAAAAUUGAACAAUCUGUUCCUCCCUUCUUUAUUAUUUUCUUGCGUAUUUACAAUCUUUGUCCUGCAGUAUAUUUAGCUCAUUAGCUUUAAUAGCCAUUGACUGACAAUUUCCUUCACUGUACCUCCUACUGUGUCAACAUAUAAUGAGUCUACAAGCAGCAGGACCUGGAUAAUGAAUCACAAGUAGCAUGCUCUAAUAGUGUGUUGUACUGCCUACAGGCCCCCUGCUGAGGUUUCAGCACACUUGAUAUGAAGCUGCCAAUUAUGAGGAAGUUAUGCAUUGAAGCGACUGCUGUAGAUAUAUACUGUUUAUAAUAUCUGCUGUUGCCUGCAUGCCGCCUUCCUCUUACUGUCUUUUUCUUCCUGUAGAUAAAUUUUCAUAAAGUCUCGCAUUAUAGACAUUCUUUAAUUUGGGGAUAAUUGCAAAAUAUCAGCCAUCUUUCCUAUGAAGUAUGCAGGCUUGAUGUUUGUGUGGAAACACAGAUAAUGACCCUAAAGGAAACCCUGCUCAGAGUAGCUGGUCAGCUGGUAUUUUUUCAGAGGUAACUCGAGCGGGUAAAUGAUCCCUCUGUGUUGUCCUUUGCUCACAGCUCUCUGCCUCGCCUGUCAAAUAGCAGCAUUAGGAUAGUUUUCAUCCUAAGCUGCUAUUAAAGAACUUAUCAAGAGUUGGUCCCACAAGCCUGCGGCCGUCUGCAGAGCUCCUGCUCACUAAGCAAACCUGUAGUCCAUGAUAACACACUCCAACACAUGCACACACUUUCCUUAUUCCAUUGCAGUAGUUCCUCUUAACAAAGAUUUGCUUUUCAAGGGCGAAAUCACUUCAACAGCUACUUUUGUUAAGAUGACUGAGCUGCAAUCAACCCUGCGGGCUAGCACGCUCACAUUCAGAGCAAAUCAAAAAGCACUUAUACAUUAUUUAAGUUUCUUAUCAGCUGUAAAUAUUCAGCGGUUGCUCUGCCAUCUCUUUUGCAGCGUACAAGUGAUCACCAGUUGUUUAUACAUGUUUCAUAGCUUUGAUGAUAACAUUUCAAUUGCAGCUAAAAAAAGGAAAAAUAAAAGCACUCAUAGCAGAGUCAUUAUAGAUUCAGUGCUGUCUUACCUCCUAAUUUGCAUAAGUUGGAGCAUAUUUCUGCAAAACCAUCUGCAUAAGGCUUUCUGGCAUCCAUCUUUUACCACUGUGUCACACACAUGGCACAGAAAAGGCUGUCAGAGUGUUGCACUUAACAAAAUAAAAGCUGUUUUAAAUGGCUGAUAAAACAUUUUUUGGAGAAGUAGCUCUCAGUCAUUCAAGCUGAUUUUAAGAGUUUGAUCUCCACUGGUAAACUUAUAAGAAAACUAAAAAUAACGCACACACACAUAAAUAAAAGUAUAAAAUGUAUCUAUCAUGUAUAGCCAAAGAGGUAGGGCUGGGCGAUAUGGCCUCAAAUCAAUAUCACGAUAUAUUGAGCAGUUCACCUCCAUAACGAUAAAUGGACGAUAACUACUCCACAGGCUGCUCACCCCCUCCCACAUUAACUUCGUCUACUUCAGCCGCCGCUCCAGCUGCUACAACUUUUGAACCGUCCUCCAUCUCCUCACCUGUCUUUCCCUCUUUGUUACAGACUGGAUGGGCUGAAGUCACAUCUCCAGCGUAGUCUUGUCUUAAAGGGACAUGAGACCAUAGCCUGCCUACACACAUCCAAAACCAACUGUUAUUUAUUUGACACCAAAUAUAUUGACAUGGGCAAAAUUACGUCGGUUAUUACCGUAAAUUUCGGUAUCUGUAAAUUUUCGUUUUUUCGCCCAGUCGUACAAAGAGGACCUGUGUCAUUUGUCGAUGCUUCUUGACAUACAAGUUGCACACUAAUCAUCCUCUCUAAGAUUGUGUGAAAAGGUAUCCUCACACAUAUUGUGAAUGGUUGUUGGUUUAGUUGUUUAAGUCAAAGUUCAGCAACAGGUGAUGAUGAUCUCCUCAGUCUGGUGCCAAAAAGCACUGAUCUGAUUUUUAAAGUCACAAUAACUAAAAGGUUUCUUCUCUCUCUUCAAGAUGUAGUUUGACAUUUUAGGAAAUAUCCUGCAUUGAGAGAUCAAUACCUGUCCCUUAAAAGUAAUACUUGAAUGUUUUUGAUUUGUUCCUCAGAUGAGCAGUAAGCGCUCGAGCAGUUUCAGACGAGCCAUUGCCAAUGGCCGCCGCACGCUGCAGAGGGAGAUCCUGCUGGACGAGACGGGGCUGGGUCUGUACAAACGUUUUGUCCGCUAUGUGGCCUAUGAGAUCCUGCCCUGUGAGACGGACAGACGCUGGUACUUCCACCAGAACCGCCUGUGUCCUCCACCUGUGUUCAUUGCCAUUGUUACCAUCGUACAGGUGAGACUCAUACAGUUGCUGUGAAGGUCAAAACACAAAAAUGUAUCAGGAAGAUUAACCAGUGUUUUGCAGAAAAUAACAAUAAAUUGUCACAAUAAAAAAGUCCCAAUUGUUUCCAAACUGUGUCUUUUAAAAAAUGUCAAUUUAUCUUAUUAAAUAUUUUUGUAUCUUGACUUUCAGGGCUACCGUAUCUUUUGUGUUGUGCAGACACUGAACUAACCCCAGAACACAGUGCAGAUUUAUACCACAGACCCUAGUGCUCAUAAAACUCAGUGUUUUAGUGGAGAUUGUGCUAUUUACCCCCUCAGACUGACUAAAACUGUUCUUUCAGCUCUGUUGUUGGCUUCAGACCCCCUGAAAAGACUUUCUGCCUUUGAUUGGAUCCAUUUUUUUGCAAGUUCCAUAUGAGCUGGGAACCACUUUGGGAGUCUGGGGUUUAGUAGGGGCAUUGAAAGCCAUUCGUCUGAGCUGAACCCCUCUGCCACCCUGCGUGCUGCAAUUUAUUUUUCAGACACUGUAUUAGAACUUUGAAAUCAGGUCAGUGAGCACGCCGGCCACCACAUGGACGCUAAAUGACCUAUUAUGCAUAUGAAAAAGAGGAAACGACCAACACAAAUGCCUUCAUACACCGAUGUUGAAUAGUCGAGGAUUAAGCAGUGGAAAUAACCCUCAGCCUGUUCACAAAACUUCAACCUUUUCGCCUGAAAUCAUCAUAAUUCUGCAGAAUGUAAGCCAAGUGCUCUCAUAAUGCCUCCAAAUGGCAAUGAAUGGUCUGUAAUGACAAUGAGGGAGUGAUAAUAACGGUUCACAUCCAUUUUAAUUCACAGAGACAAUGAGUCAUUUAUUCUAUGAAAAGAAAUUAAUGGAAUUGAACCAGAUGUGGCGUUUUUCUUUCUGCAGGCAGUAAUUGUCUCCACAAGUCUAAUACGCAUCAGCUGAGGAAACAGAAAGAGAAGAAAACGUCACGCAUCUUUUAUGCAGCACAAUGGGUUUUGUUUUGUGGCAUAAUUUCCAGCUUUGUACCAGCAGGCUGCAGAGAGAGCCUGCAACGCUGGGAACGUCAGCAGGAUGUGACAGUCUCAUCUGUGUGUGUGUUGCAGAUUAUCGUCUUCAUGUGCUACGGCAUCAUGCUAAACAAGUGGGUGCUGCAGACCUAUCAGCCGGACUUUAUGAAGAGCCCCCUGGUCUACCAUCCGGGCCACAGAGCACAAGUGUGGCGCUUCUUCAGCUACAUGUUCAUGCACGUUGGGUAAGUUCAGAAAACUGCUUCUGCUUUAUGUUGAGUUCUGCACGAUUGACUAGAUAAAAGUCGAGCAUGUUGCGACAGAUUUUUGGAGUGUAAGAAAAUAAAAAAUACCCUGAUUUGAGUUUUGUUCUCUCUCUCUCUCCCUCCUCCUCAGUUUAGAGCAGCUGGGGUUCAACGCUUUGCUGCAGCUGAUGAUUGGCGUUCCUUUAGAGAUGGUCCAUGGCAUCUUACGAAUAAGUCUGCUCUAUAUGGCAGGAGUGCUGGCUGGUGAGUGUCUCUUUUCAAAACUGAAGUACUGCAGUGGCUCUGCAUAGUGGGGCGAUCAUUGGACUCAUUGACUGUAUACAAAGAUGGCCAGCAUGUCCUCACCCACAAAACUGAUGACAAAAUAUCUUCUCAUGUUGUGUGCUGACAUGUCAUGCUAGUGUUGACGUUUAAUGCUCAAGUUUGAGUUUUUCUGGCAGUUUUGGAUAACUGCAGUGCAUUAUGGGAAGAGCUUUCAUUGGUAAAACAAUGACAGUUGUAAAAAGAUUUUCAUUUUCUGCUCUGCUCUCAUGGUGUCUGUGUUUGUUUGCAGGAUGUCUUCACAGAUAGAUAGAUAGAUAGAUAGAUAGAUAGAUAGAUAGAUAGAUAGAUAGAUAGAUAGAUAGAUAGAUAGAUAGAUAGAUAGAUAGAUAGAUAGAUAGAUAGAUAGAUAGAUAGAUGGCACAGUUUGUAACACAUGAAAAUGCUCUAUUUUUUAUCCUUUUGUAGUUUUUGUUUAGCACUUUUUUUUGUCAGUAACCCUGCAAAAAUAAUUAUCUUUUCCGCAUGCUGACAUCCAAGUGUGGCUUGUUUGAUAGCUUUCACAAAACUGACCCUGCCCGGACCUUUGAAAAGAUCCAAGUAACCCAAUCGAAAGCUGCAGAGUGACUCACAGCGUCCUGAGGUCGGGCCAGAGCACUCAUGUCAUUGAUGAUGAGAAACCUCAUUAACUUUCAUCCCCAUCCUGGGCCAGUUUGGAGAUUGGAAAUUUCAAACCCGCACUGAUUUGCUGGAAGUGGUUCCUCACUGCAGUUUUUCGCUAUUGAUGCGUAAUUUUGAAGCUCAUAUCUACACUGCAGCAUAAAGCUCUCUACCCUUUCAUCUUUACUGCGGACAAUUACUGUCCUGGAUCUUAUAAAUCUCCUGCUAACCAUUAUUUGAUAACAGUCAGGGCUGAUUUAUAUUGAGUUAUAUUCACACGUUUUUACUCACAUCAUUUUCUGCCUUUUUUUUUCCAUGUCACAAAAAAAUCCUUAUCUCUGCAUUUCUUUUUCUCCUGCCCUUUCUUUGCGCACUGUAGUAAAAUUAAGUCAAAGCAGCAGAAAGUCCCUGCGUGCAGAUACACUCUCAUAAUUCAUAAAUUAUUGUAGCUUUGAUUUCCUUUUGCAGUGAUGACAUGAAGAGAGUGAGCGAGGGAGCGGAGGACUUACAGUAGGAAAAGUAGGGGAGUAGGGCACAGUUUCUCUCUGGGGAGUUGGCCUUAAGUGCAGUUAAAGAUGUUGUUUGGAGACUUAAGCUGCAGCCUGAUUCCUAGAGGAGGAGAAAGAAGCUCGGAGAUGGUUGUAUUUAUACCCAAGGAGUCCAGAGUGAAGCUGCAUCCAUUACAACUAAAACACCUGAGCUGCAUUGUUGCGAUAACAAAUUGAAUCUUAUUCACACAAGUCGAUGCAAGUGUGUUACUGAAAUAUAUUUUAAAAUUUUACUGCAGUGUGAGCUGAUUUCUGUCAAUUGUGAAGAAGAGUUAAGUUGUCUCAUGGUCACGAGAGGAUUUUAGAAACAGUGACUCCACCCCCUGAUUCUGGAGUUAUGCACUGGUGAUUCAUUGGUGGGAGUAUGUAGGUACGGUAAUUCCUUGUCUGUUUGGAGUUGUUAAGGAGUCAGUAAGGGUUAAUUAAUGACAGUUUCCAAGGAUUAAUGCCACAACUGUGUCCAGAUAAAAGAACAGGCUGAGGUCCCAGCCCUGGAUUUGGGCUCUACAGGAGGUUUCGAAAGAGAUUAGUCUCUGUUGGGUUUUGUAGAGAGACCUUUUUGCAUGACAAGAUUUUUCAGUCAAAAUUUCUGCAAUCCUUUAAUCAGUCAGGAAAAUGAAGGCACACUCACACCAGCCGCAGUUUCCCUGCACUGUGCUGGAGUACGAUAGUCUCCUCUCCCCAAUCCCACAGUGGCCUGCACUAACACUGCUCCAGGCUCAAAUGAUUACCUCUGUUGUAGAGACACAUGCAGAGCUGCACAGAAAACAUUACUGCUAUUUUACUGACUUUGUGGCAGAGUUUCUGGCAGACUUGAUUUUGCUGGUCAUUGGUACUGCUCCAAAAAUUCCAGCCAGACAGAACAACUAUCAGAUACAUGCCCCGAAUAGCCAUAUAUAUGCUAUUAACUGACAUUUACCAGCAAUAAACACAAGAUGUCCUUAGAUGUCCUAAGCACCGCACAUCAGAGAGCUAUUACAGCACAAUCAAAGAUCUAGGGGGAGGGGACUGCUUUGAGUAAGUGCACUGUAGUUUUCCUACAUUACAGAGGUUUAAAAGUUCAUAACUUGACAGGAAGAUAGAGGACAUAUGGAGAAUGUCAAAUUUAAAGCUUCCGAGAGAGGAUUUUAGCUGUUUAUAAAACAGACGGAUAUUAAUGCGUUUGCCUCCACAUGAGCUAGAAAAGCAAACUAGACCAUCAGUGACAGGAUUGAUUAUACUUUUUAAUUUUUAAUGCAUGUAAUCACUGCUACAGGGUAGGUGUCAGACAAGUGGAUUUAUCUACACAGGCAAGAAGGAUAUUAUUUGAUAUUUCCCAUAUCUAAGAUUCAUAGUGAGUGAGACGUGUGUCUUAUAAAAGGAAACAAGACAAAGAAUGUAAGGGACAAGUAAGCACAGAGAUAAGAUGUACCUCUUUGUGCACAGGGGGCACCAGAAUUUUAAAAUCUUUAACUUUAAAAUCAGGGUGUGAACCUCUAGAAAUUUGGUUCACAAAUGAUAUUUACAUGAUUAUCUUCAUAAUGUGAAAGAGUGUAAGAACCAGGGAUAAGAAAAAGAGAACUCAAGAUUCUUUUUUUUAUUAUGCAAUGCAAGAAGUUGAAAUGAUGAGAGUAAAGUUGGUUUUUCAAAUAUAAAGAUUAAAGUAUUGUGAUUAAAGUUAAAAUCUCAUGGAAAGGGUCCAUGUGCACAAGGGUGGCAGUGAGACACUACUCAACCUACCAGUGCCCUGCAGGGUGCUAGUUUUAUAGUUGCGACAUUUUGCUACAAUGCUUUAGCUGGGUUUAUAUUAUCAAUCACUGAAGUCUGUGAAGUCUAUGUAUGAAGACAAAUAAAUUCACUCUUUACUGUACUACACUGUUCUGCAGUUUAUAAAGGAAACUGAGUUAGACAGCUCUAAAUCUGUCCAUAAAGCCUCCUCUAGCCACUUCAGUCUUUCACUGAUAUACCAAACCUGUGUAUGAGUAACUGCGUGCAUGAACAGGCUUGGGUUCAACAUCUUUUUUGUAAGCCUGUAAUCCCAUGUUGGGUAUAAGUUAUCGCCCUGUGCUUUCCAUCACUUAGUGAAUUUUUUUUUUCCUCUUUUACUGCUCCGAUGCCUGCAGCUGUCUCAUGUUUAUAUUCAUGCAGUCCUAUUCCAGCUCAUGAGUUCAAUCAUGUUGCCUGUUUGCUAUCAGCUCUCACAUGCAUGUUCCUUGUUAUUUUUGUGCGGCGGCGGCAGAUCUUUCAGGUUGUAGCUAAGCACAGUAGGUGCGUUUAUGGAGCAAUAUGCUGCAGGUAUUGUGCCUUAAUGUUGGUGCCUUAACACUGCAUGAAAUCCUGCACCUCAGGGUGUAAAUACAAAGCCAAAAGAAAGAUUUCAUUUCUUUUGAAGGUUUCUCAAAUACUGAGAAGGUAUAAAACAGUUCUCACUAUAUAGAUAUCUAACAUGCAUGAACAUAAAUCUUACAAAUAACAUGAAGUAACACUACAAAGAAAAUGUUUUUGAUCUGUGUAGGAUACACGGUGUUAUGAGCGCAUCUGUAAGCCUUUGAAAUGACCUGAUUUGUACUCACCAGGCAUGUUUUUCAGUGCACACUGUAGAGAGUGGCAUUGUACAUAAUGUCCUCGGAUCAGUGCUGACAAAAGGAGCAAUUCGGUAAUUAUUUUCUGACAGCACUUUUCAGACCACCAAGGCCCUUGUCCUCGCUCACUUUGCAUCCCUUUAGUAAUUUUCUCUUGCUCUGCUGUACGAGAGGUAGCACAAGUGCUCCACUUUUAUGUACCGAAAUAUGAGCAGUCAGACUUGCAGGGUGAAAUGAUGAGAAGGAUGAAAAUUAUUAAGUCAUAUUCAACAUUUCAGCCUAUCCCUGCAUGGGUAAACAGUAGCAGCGCUUCUUUUUUAUGCAUGCUCAUCUCCUGGGUCUCUCUCCCUGAAGCUAACAGCUCCUCAAUGUGCUUUGAGAUGUCAACAGGUGCCAGAGCACCUUGUUUUCCCCCUGGUGCCCUAUGUGCGCCUUGGGGUGUGGAUCCCCCUCAUACAACUCAGACAAUUCAAAUCUCAGAGCACCUUAUUGUGACAGGAAGCUUGAGUUUGUUGUCACACCAUGUGAUGCGCCUAUCGGUGUGCUGGUGUAACGUGCUGGUGUUGACAUACGGUACAAUGAUACCUGUCAAACUUGACUCAGCAACCUUCUACGUGACAAAACAAAGACUUCGGGGUAAAUCUUAAGACCAGACAAUUUUAUCAGACAACUGAUACAUCAACAGUUUCAAUAAGUGCUAGUCCAACAUUUGGUUUUACAGAGAAAGCUGCUCUAAAGCAUGACAGAAAUGUGUUUAAAUCCCUCAUUUGGAGGAAACAAAAUCACUGUGUGUGUCUUACAUCCCCAAUUUUGGCUGUUCUGUGCCAUCCAGUUCUGUCUUUUCUGUUUGCACUGAAGGAAAUUUGUCCUUCUGUCAAAUAUCUUUACAGCAUCUCUCUUGUUUUGAUUAUUUUCUUUGAUUUUAAUGAGGAUAAAAACACAUGCAGGGAGUAUUCACUAAGUCAAAUUGUGACACUUAAUUUGCUGUGCAUGUCCCCAGAUGGGAAUUAAUAAAAAAAAAAAAAAAACAUGAGCAGGGUGCCAUAAAAUAUGCAAUAAAAACCAUAAAAUACAGAUUCAAAAAUUCAAGAGAGACAACAUAAUAGAAGACAGGUUGGAUGAUAAAAGUAAUGACCCAAACCCUGUUAUCAUAAAACACUAACAGAGGCCACCAUUCAUAAUGAGAAUGUUUGCUUUGAAACUCAGUAAACAUGUCAGUGUUAAUUAGGGCUGUAAUUGAUGUUGCCUUUCAUUAUUGAUUAAUAUAACAACAGUUAUCCCAUGUUUGCACAAAAACAUUCAGAUUUGUUUCUUUUUAAUCAAAUUUGUUGCUGUUAAUUUUUCAUUAAACUGUCCAGUUUUACCUGCCUGUUAUAUCAGCUUAUUUCACGGGGGCUGAUACUUCCCUGUUGCUUCAUUCAACUGCAUCACAAUCACGUAGAGUAUGAUCAUUACACCCUGACCUCCAUUCAACAGGUAGGAUGUGUUCCUGCUGGCUAUAAAAUUAUAUGUUUGUGAUGCGUUUUUGACAAAUGCUCUCAUUCCAGUAGUGAUGACAUUGUAAAUGUUGAGAGAUUUCAGCAUGUUGGUGAGAAGUCUACGAGUCUGUGGAUUGGCUAUCCAACCUGUACAGCCUUUGAUGUAAAUUACUGUAGAAGAUUUACUCUUCAUUCUGUCCUGGAGCCUGUUAACAAAACAACAGGAUCUGGUGUUAUUACAGUAAUGAGCUGGCCCCGCCAGUGUUCUGACACUGUAGAGCGGGGGGAGACAUUUGGCCUGAUGCUGUUUGCAGCCUGUUGGGAAAUUGUAAUGGAAAUGUGACGAAUGACUGCAUGUCAGUGAAACCUCAUUGUUGCAAUCCAGUUGAUGUUGUCAUUACUUAAAUGCAGCACAUAAAGUUGUAUUUAAUGUCUAAUCCUUCAGAAGUUGAUGAGUGCUGUUGUUAUUUGAGGCAGAAGGGACGGCGGUGGUGUCAGCUUUCCACAGACUCGCUUUAUUGUUGGUCCUAAUUUAGUCUGAUGAUGAUUGUUCCUGCAUUUCAGGCUAAUAAAAGCCCAUUCCAUCUCUAAGUGGCUGGAGGUCUUUAAGCUUAUUUUUGGAAUAAUUCUCCUUUCUCAAAGCUGACGGUACUUUAUAGAAGCAGACUGCGUAUUUUAAGGGAGAAUAAAUACAUUAUCUGCUAUUCAAACUUGCCGCUGUGUGUAUAGCUUUAGGGUGACUUUGUCCUUCAUCCAUUCUGCUAAUGUUCAAUACAAAUUCAGGGAGUUAAUCUCCAUCCAAGUCCAUAAGGCCAGAAAAAAAUAUAAGAUUGAGUAUUUGAACAAAUGUGAUCAGACUUGGUCCCUGCAGAAAUUCGAAUUUGACAGCAGGCUUUUUGAGGUUUGGUUCAAUGUUAGUUGAACCUGUACACUCUUUAUUCACACUCUCUAUUAAAUUUCACAACAGAGAUCAAUGAAGUCUUCUUCUUAAAAGAAGAAGACUUCUGUAGUACGUUUCUAGUUUCUAACGUAAUUCAAAAAGAGGUUCUUUUUUUGCUUUUAUUUGAAACUGAUGCAAUUUUCAAAGUAGCUCAAACUAGCAUAACAACCAUCAACAAAUGAACCAUACAUUCAUAAGCAUGAUGGAUGAAACUGUCAUAUAGUAUUAGCCUCAGGGUUAUACAACUGGCUGCAGCACUACACUGAGAGUAAAAACCAAAAAAAAAAUCUUGUGGCUCAGCAAAGUUUGUAAUUGUUUUUGAAAAUGAAAGUUUUCUCUCAAAGCAAGGUUGAGUCCCAUCAUCACGCCACAUCAGCAGCAUCAGCAUGCAAUCUCUCUUAAUGAGGGAGAGAUUGAGAUAAAGAGACAAAAGAGGAGAGAGGACGCUGAGAGCGUUAGGGCUGGAUAAAUAACUGUCAGGGCUGGAGGGUUGUGAUUCAUUCUGUGCCUCUUAUUCUUUCUGCUCUGACUCAUGUCAACAUGCUGAUUUGAUUUGCUCCCGGUGAAAAUGGGAAUAUUUGUAGGGGAAGCAGGAGCCUUUUUGGGUAGUGAGACUUUUUUUUAUCGUGUGUUUUGCUCAUGAGGCUGAAUAAACAUGAUUGCCUUUCUGCUUUCACUUUAAAGGGGAUGGUGUUGCUGAGACAAUUGACUGUAUACAAAGAUAGGUCAAGGUUAGGGCACGUGGCUGCUGAGAUGGGGGCUACAGUCUCUGUGCAUUCGGCCCACACUUUAACCACUUAGCUUAAUUGAUGCCUGUAAAGAGCUCCUUUAGUUGGUUUGACACACUCACAGAUAUGAGAAGGUCAGAGUUCAGUCCUUUUCUCUCCUAAUUCGGAGCACAAAACUCUGCAGAGCUGAGACCUGUCAAUCACAGCAUCAUAAAAAUAUCAGAUGUGCAUUUUGAUGUUUAAGUUUUUCCCAUCUGUUGACAUGGAGGAAGCAGGCUUUAUAACGUGUGCUUAGUCAAUCACCAAAAUGUUUUGGCUUCAUUUAUGAGCGCUGUCAUGUCAUCCACACUUUUGUACAGUCUGUGCUGUGACCCUGCCACACUGUCACCCCACAAGGUCAGAUUUGUGUCUUUUCAGCCAACCUCAGCUUGACACUGCUGUGUGUACACAAACAAACCCUGGCGUUGUUUGUAGUGCUGAAAAGUCUGGACCCAUUUUUCUGAUGUACUCCCCUGGUGCUGAGCUGAACUGAGGACUCAGGGUGACCUUGGUGCGAUGCAGAGGCUGCCAGCGUGAUUAUGGUAAUUCCCACCCCAGCACCCCUCCUCCUUCUAAUCCCACCACACAGUCAACUCUUCCUCUUCGGUGACACCGAGCUCACUUCCUCUACAACAGGCCCCCUGCAGCCUCACUGAUGACUACACCGAGUAUGAAGUAUCUUUCUACUCUUAGCUCAUUUUCAUUGAGUGAGUUUAGAUGUGUUUAUGGUUGAAGAUUUUGAUCUAUUGUGUGAAGCCAAUCCAGGACAGCAGGGUUUUAUUAAACGCUCAGCUGCCUUCUUUCCUUGCUUAGUUUAUAUUACGUUUCCCCUAGAGUUCUUAUUUAGUUUCUCCUUUGAAAAGACGCACCAUGGUCACUUUGUCCACAGAAUGGUUUUUCAACCUUGAGCACAGGAGAUGAUUUCAUGCCCGUCUUCAUCAGGGUGUUGUAAGAAUUUCACUUUCUUCCAUCCAAGGCCACCAAUUCAGCAUUUGUUAGCUGAAAAGCAGUCGUGAGCAAUAACAGCUUGAGUCGUGACGGGAAUUCAUUUUUGUAUUUUUGAGGCUUUCCAUCUCGAGCAAACUUCUUUAAGAGCAUUAGAAAUAUUCUCACAUUCACGCUUUAAUUUUUGGAUUUUGUCUUUUUGCUGCUUGAGUUUAUAGCUGUGCUCAUAUGCUCACACACACUCAUCCACAUCAGAUAUGAUUAGACUUUUCCUCCGCUCUCCUCUCUAUUGAUUUUCUCUGAUGCCCUCGGGGCUCUGGUGUAGCAUAAAUAUUAUCAUAUUUUUCCCCUCAAGUUGCAAAUUUGGACAGGGCAGAAAAGUGUUGGAAUAAACAGAAUCAAUAUCCAUGGAAACCAAGGGCAAGGUGUGUUCACUGUAGCUGUUUCGGCUUAAAUUGAUGAAUUGUUUCUGCUCCUGCAGGCUAUGGAGUUUGACAUCAACAGCACAGAAAUCCUGCUUUUUUUCUGUAUUCUUUUUCUUUAUUGUUCCUUUAUUUAUAAAAACCAAAGGGGCUCUUCAUGUUGUAUCUGAGCUCAUCUAAUGAUCUUUGACUGCAGUGCAGGGAUCUCUUCGAGGAAGCUGUCAGUUCAGAUACUCCUACACAGCCUGACACUGCAGACAAACAAAACUUUGCAGGCGUCCGUCUUUUUCUGCGGUUUCUUCCCUACUGCCACCCUCGCUCCUCACGGGCACAGGCAGAUGGAUGAAGACGUUAGAUUGGAUGAGGACUGAUUACAAGUCUCGCUGCUCCACUUUAAGAAAAGCAUCAGCCGUGGAGGGAUAUUUUUCUUAUCUUACUCAGUCUGGAUGACACAGAGGAGUCCAUCUCCUUCCCAGGUGGAAAAUAUCUUAAGUAGAGCCCCCUCGGUCUGACAGGACUAUUACAGUUAAACGAGGCUUUGAAAUAGACGCCACUCUAUUAGAUGACAUUUAAAGCUAUCACCCUUUCAAAUAGAUACCAAAGUAGACAAAAGAGCAAAUGACAGAUGUUCUGUCUUUAGCUGAGUCACCUUGACUUUGACUUGUUUUAACUUUCUUCACCAGAAAAUUGCUAAUCCGCGAAAACUUAAGUAGGUAACCUUUCAAAAAUCGAACAAUAGUCCCCAUUUGAGAGGCAUAAAUAAGAAUAAAACCACUGUAGGAUAACAGUAAAUAUCAGUUUGUUCUACAGUCAUCUGUGAAGUGGAGUUUUUUUGCAACCUCAUGGAUUUACAUGCUGUCAGGUGUGCAUUACGUGGGUGUAUGAGAGUUUGAGUUUGAGCAGCGUUAUUCAAACUUUCUCGGUAUGGAGUCAAAAACAAGAGUGAUUAAACUACUUACAGCAACUGCUUGUCAUAACUACUUACUUAGUAAUGUAGUGGAAAAUCCAACAUAAACUCAGUAAAACAAUGCACAGGAGACAGGAUGAGAUCUGAAGAGCAGCCUGGGCGUCUUUUAUUGUACAGAUGUUGAAAUUAGUACAGAUGACAACAGAGUCUCAACCAAAAGUGAGGAAAGCCACUCUCAGCUUUCCUCUUCUCCCUUUUACACUGACCGGUGUGUAUCUGAAUACAGUGAUUGUGUACUGCAUGUGUGUGUGUGUGUGUGUGUGUGUGUGUGCGUGCGUGCGUGCGUGUUUGUGUGUUUAGAUUGUUUAGAUUAAUCUAGAUUAAUCUUAACUCUCCCAGAGAAAAAUGUUCUGGCAGACAGAUAGUUUUGGUCCCUGCAAAAAAACCUUGCUUGCAACCUCUCAGUUAUGAGGCUGCACAAGUAGGCCAACCCAGAUUAUUUGUAACCUCUUAAUAAAAGAUAAUCACUCUAUAUUUCUUUAACCUAAUGUAUGAAAAUAUUCUACCACAGUAACUACCUACUUAACUACUUAUGGCAUGUUGAGAUAAACUCCACCCUCUUUAAUACUCUCUUCAUUCCACAAUGCGAAUCAGAAAUUUUCCCCUGACUUCAGGGUAACCUGACCUGAUAUGUAAAGUGAAAGUUCAGGUGUAGCUAACAAGUUCACCACUUGAGGAAACUCAACCAACCUCUGUUAAUGAACUUACAAUAUGAGCUUAUGUUUAUAGGUAACUUUAUUGAUUGUAUUUUUCACAAAUAAUAAAAGCAAAAAUACAAGCAGCUCAAUCUUGAUCAGCCAAUUCAGCACAAGCUCGAACUUUUUUCUCUGUGAGUUUGUACAUCAGUCUUAAAAACACAGCAGAGAAAAUAAAAAACAGCAGUCCUGAUUGCAUUGUCUGUAUCAUUCCUUGUGCACUCACUCCUCUGCCCUCUCCAUCAGUCUCCCUCUCUUUCUAUUUGUGCUUGGUAAAUAAAUCUGAUCGGGCAUUUCCCCAGUUUAUUAGCCGACAGAGGCAGCCCAGUGACUGCAGGAAUGCUGACUGCAGCACAUCUCUGUGCAGAGCCACGAGAUUUAAUGCAUACAGGAUAGAUCUGUCCAAGGCACCACUGCACAAAUACAGCAGCCCCAAACCUGAAGGGCAAGAAUCUCACUGUAACAAUGAGGAGAGGUUUCUCCCUCUGAUCUCUCCACCGAUCAGAGCCAGAUGACUGCGUUUCUAGUCAAAUAUUUCACUAUUUAUAAGAACCGACAAUUUCAAAAUGACAUGCCUAAUGUUCUGCAUUUAGUCUUUUAGAUUCUUUCAUGUCUUGUAAUAAAACAUGACAAAAUACAUUUGAUUUCUACUCACCUUUUAGAUGAUAUGAAUCAAACAAACAAAUCACUUCAGGUCCAGCUGAUGCCAAAUUUGCUUUGCACCCAGUUCUGACUAAAUCACCUGAAUAAAUAAAUACAUUGUCCUUUAAUUGUCCUCCUCUGGGUAAUUUAUGGGCUGACUAAGCAGUUAGAGCGAUUCAGUGCAUAUUAAUCUUGUCAAAACUCUUUAGUUUCCCUGAAAGCAUCGCCUUGUACUGCAGAUAUCUUUUCAAGUUGAAGUUGAGAGGGUGUCAAGUUUCCUGUCCCUGGUUACAACUCUUAACUCCGGAUUUAAGGAACUAGGAAACAGGUUUGUUUUCCCUGUGAUCUCUGUGCUUUAAAGAUGUUCUAAUCAAUAUUUUUACACACUACCGGUCAGAUCACCUUGUGAUGUGAAACAGGUCACAUGUAGCUGCAAACCCACAGAGAAUUUCCCCUGACUCUGCAAAUCCCUUCUGCUCUACAGAGCCUCACAGCCAUGUUUAUCUCAUUGUUUGGCCUGUGGGACACAACCUGUACUAUUUCUGUUCAACAGAUGGAUCAUUUUAAAAGUGCUUUUACUUCUCUUGUGUGAGAACUUAUUUCUUAAUCAUUUAAGGAUUUUAAACAUAUGAACCAACUGAAUGGUCUGGAGAAGGAAAAAAAUCAGGAAGAAAGGUCAGAUUGAGCAUUUUGCUGCAUGUGGCUAAUGUUAGCAGAACUAGCUUCCCCCGGCCUAUGGUCCUCCCUGCAGGUUAAAGGAAGAACAUUUAUGAUCAUUUCUUCAUGGAAAUGCAAUCACACUGAGACGCUAAGGCAGAAGAACUACCACGUCUGCAGUGCAAAAUGAUUAAUAUGGUGAUUAUUACUUCAAGGAAAUGAUAAAGAAAUGAUCAUAAAUGUUCUACCUUGAGCUGCGUCACCCCGUAGCAGUCCAUACUACAAACAAGCAGCUGCUGGAAGAGAGUGGGUGAGUUGUGUUUAGUCUCUUUGCUGAAGAAAUUAGGCAAAGUUAAAAAGAUGUUUGGUGGCUAGUGCUAUGGCUGGGACCCUAUAUGUACUGCUGAUGAAGUUAGGUGCUGUUCUGAGUAUUAUGUGUGGCUAUAGAGUGGCUUUUUGGUCGAGGUAUGUUUAUGGCUCCUCAGACCGCUGUGUAUCGUGAUCCUGCAGUUGUUACUAAAGUUGGUAAAACUAGAGAAGCAAGCGGUCGGCAACAUUCAUCUCUCGAGGUGUUGUGGUGUGUUUGACCGUAAAUUAAUUUUACACCAGAAUAUCCCUUUAAGGUGCCUCCAGUUGCAUUAAACAGACACAGCCGUUGUUAAUCUUUAUCUCCAGUUUCCAAAUGAAAACACUGCCAAACUGCACCAUGCAACCAGAUUUCAUCCAUCAUCUGUGCUUUGUUUGUAUUGCAUAGUAGAGUGUCCUAUUAUGGUUGUCUCCUUAAACAGCUACAGCUUUGAUAAAGGAUGUGAAUUUCAGACCAACAAAAAAGAAAGUACUGAUAGCUUGUUUAAUGGCCUGAAAAUUCUGGUGCCAACUCACACCUUAAUGAUGGUGAUGUUCAGUCAUUUAGUAAACUCUAAAAUUAUAUUGUUGUACUAAACCUCUGACAUUACAAAUCAGGUGUUUGAAUAGCCUUCAAGUAAAAGGUUUUAAAAUCCAACAUGUCAACAAAUUAACUGAUGACCACUCUGUAUGACUGUAUCAUCGCAACAACGGUGACAUCUCUUAUCGGAAGAAUUUAUUUAUUUAUUUAUUUAUUUUAUCUCUUCACAUAUCAUUUUGUAAGAGUGAAAGGGCCACUUUGAAGUCAUCAAAGAGCCUGAUUUAGCUGCUAGACCUCCAAUUAAAUAGUUCUAUUUCAAAAUACAUUAAAAGACAGAGAACUGAUGUUGUCUUACAUAAGUCCUUUUACAUUUUAUAAUAAACUAAUAAACUGUUACACAGACCUUUUUGAUUUUGAAAUUAAUUUUGCUCUGACCAAUUCCCUCAGAGUUCAAAUUAAAAGGACAUUGUGGGCUAAUGUGAACAUUAUUAGUUUUGUUCUGAGCAUAACAUUCACCCGGCACUGCUGUGCACAGGUACAUUUAUUUAACAUAAUUGAAAACGUAUUUCUAUAUUGUAAUAAAAAUGAUUAUGUUUUAAGGAUGUUGUGAAUAAAUGAAGUUAAAUGAAGAUUUUUUUUUGGGGGGGGGGGGUUUAGUUGUUUUUAUACCAUCAGAUAAAGCUUGUGUAACUCAAGAAUUUGGGAAUCUUUGCUCUUGUGUACCCGUCCCAAAAUCCCCAAACAUAUUAGGUCAUAAUGACUCCUUUUCUUUUAUUGCAACAGAAUAUCAUGAGUAAAAAUCUGUGUCAGCUUCAUUUCUCAAAGGGCUCUUAGCAGUCUGCAAACAUUGUAAGUAAUCACAAUCACUAGCCAAGGAUACACACAACAUCUAGAGAGCAGACAGUGACGAGAGUCAGGUUGGUAAGUGGUUGUGCAGAGGCAUAUUUUUCAGGGAUUAGAGGGGUUUUUUUUUGUAUUGUUACAAUUCCUGUGCUCUGGCUCAGUCUUCACUGGAGUGGCUUCACAGAGGCACAGCCUUAGGCACUGUCAAACCCUUGCCUUGGAUCAGCUUAGCAUCCCUUGUCUGCACCUUAUCCCAGAGAGACUGAAAAUACAGAGUUGACCCAUAGCUUAAGGGCAGCCCAGAGUAACAGUAAUAGUGUAGCUAGUGUGGUGUGACGGUGGCUCAGUUCUCCGGGCUGCACUGGGGAUUAUACUGCAGUGGAGUACAGCCCCGAGUGUGUAGUUGAUUUAUACUCUAAAAAAGAACAUGAAAAAAAGAACAUGAUCUUUACUGUCUUUUACUGCAGUGUGCAACUGAAGCUCACAAAAAGAUUUGAGUAUGUUGAUGAUGCAUUCAGUAUGACUUCAGUAAAUAAUCUGUACAUGCGAGUGAAUGUGUCAGCUCGGUGCUGAAAUAAUCGCACACCUCACGACUUAGCUCGUGCUGAGUGCAAGGAUCCUAAAUCUCAAAUCCUCCUAAGCAGGAGAGCCUACAUGACAGGUCCUGUUUAAUAUUCAUACUGUAUUUGGGAGCUCUCUUACAGCAGCAGCAGAGUGAGCAGUUUGUUUCCUCCCUGUGGAGCCUGUCUCUUCCUCUGAGCCGGAGGUCUCAGGUCGUCUCCUUUUUUGUAUCGGCAGAUGGUGAUGUCACAUCCCUGACAAGUGUCUCUUACAAAGAGGGGUUGGAUUACUUAGAUCAAGUGACUUUGGGUAAUGUGAGGCAGGACUCUGGUCGUGAUGAACCCACAGAGGAUAUCUUCUGUGUCUGAUGUUCUCUUUAUCUCAAAGGGGCCAUAACUUCCGGCGCUUAACUUGCUCAUUGACAGCUCACUUUGAUUGACUCACACGGAUCUCUUCUUUGACUUUAAUGGACAAAUAGUAGCUAGAUGGAUGUAGCAAAAGAUAGCUACUUGCAUGAGAAUUUAAAGGACUUGGUGGUGGCCUAAACCACAUCCUGAGAGCCCCACAGGAUUGAUGUCAGGACCCUUUCGCUAACCAAAGCACCGCUUGAAACUUUCCAGUUGAGGUCCAGUCCAUGGCAGGACAGACUCUUGUGUUACUUGAAGAAUGUGGAAUUUUUUAAUGAUCUCCAUCCUCCACUCUGCUAAUCUAAGAAUGGUGCAUGAGCCCUCAUUUGUCAACAGUCAUUCGUCAUUUGCAGCACUGUCACAGUCAUUUGUCAUUCCAUUAAUCCCUCCCUUUUUAACUUUUAAUGAUCAAGCAAAACUGAAAACAUGACAAGUCCUGACUGCUAUGAAAAGAGGCAUGUCUGUAAAAAAAUUGAUAGACUUGGAUUUUAAUUCUCUACUCUGAGCAGAGUUUUCACCUGUAAUGGAGGAAACAGACUUCAUGAUCUAUACCACAGCUUGUCAUCAGGGAGAGCUCUAAAUUUGAUGGCUUUCCUCCAGGGACACUUUUGAGCUGUUGAUAAUUUUCUCCAGUCUAUGCUGCACAGAGGUUAGUGUUGAUUUGCAUGUCGGCCAUUGAGCUGAUAACACUCAACUCAGCUUUAUUCAGGUUAUGAUCUCACUCAUACUCCAAAAUAGGCAAAUCUUUCUCCCAAAAAUCUGAUGGAAAAGCCUUUACACAUCAGCAGAAUCUGUCUCUACUAUCAUUCACAACAAACAAGGAGGGAUGUUGACAUAAUAAUAAACCCAUGAAUGUCUUCUGCAAGAUUACAACCAAAGCUACUCCUGACAGUAAAUCAGAGAAAGGAUCUCUGUGGAGAAAAAGAUCUACUCUGACAUCACUUCAGAAACAUUAUUUCAUUAAACUUUAUCACCCAGUUGUGCUAAAUCUCAAAGAAAGCAGAAGUUCAGUUUGACCAAAAUCCUAAUAUUACCAUAAGAACAACUCAGAACGAUGUGUCUUAAACCAUUCUAUCAAUAUUUCAUCAAUAUGUCUCCCAGCUACGCUGAACUGAAAUAAUAAAUGAAGUGUAGAAAAGUUGUGAAGCUCUAGAGGAGAAAUUCAGACGUAGAAGCUGUUGAAGUUGCUCCAAUUCAAUUUUUUCUUUUACUUUGAAGAGAUCAGAGACCACAUACUCUAUGCUACACUGUGUAAUUGCAAUUUUGUGGAACUACCAAAAAUGGGGCACUGUGAAUCUUCUCAAAUCUUUAGCUGAAGCACCAACCUUCACAUGCCCCAUAAAUCCCGGCAAAAUAGCCCAUAGGUGUCUGAGUGAGGAGAGAGGAAUGAGUGAGGAACACGCUCUGAUUGCCAUCUGUCUUUUCAUGAUCAUCAGUGUCACAGGCUGACGAGGCGCUCUUUAAGAUGAUGUUUACUCUCUACGCAUAUGCACAAACCACACACAGAAUAUAAAUGUCUCAACAUGCAUUAUAGAUCUGAGAUCACAACUCCAGCAAUCCCCGUCUGUGAUUAAAAAGAAGGUUGUUUUGUUUUAUCAGCCGUCUCCGCUUCCCUUAUCAGCUCAUUUGCAUAAUUAACAGUGGCUGACGCGUCCUCGCAAGCAACUGGCACUGUGAUUUCUCCUGCUUGGGAUUCUGUCCUACUUCCUGGUGUCACUGCAACCCCUUUUUUACCAGGGGGAUGCAGCAGAAAGUGCACAGUGCUGCAUUCAGGAUCACAUCUUUAUGCAGCUGUAAAUAAUGUUUGGGAACAGCUGCUGUGCACGGUGCAUUCUUGGCAUUUUUGUUCAGCUGAUUUUUGUUUUUCACCAAUAACUGGCUGAAUAUCACUGAGAUACUGCCUGCACAAUGACAGUGAUAGUAAAACACGGAUCAUUUUUAACUUUUAUCUGAACCCAUUGAAGGGUUAACAGUUUGAAUGUCAUUUUUUGUUAUUAUAUAUUCUAUUUAGUAUUUAGUUAUAUACUGCAAAACAAUGAUUUGGUUGAAGAAAUAGUUUUAUACCAAUGAGAAAAUGUUAAAUGUUCUUUUUUUUUUUUUUUUCAUUUCUUCAUAUCCGCUUUUACAAAAAAUAAUUCAACAGCUAUUAGAACAAUUCAUUUUACAAGUGGUCUUAGUAAUCAAUUGCCUUUUAGUUUUCUUUUAUAUAUAUAUAUAUACACAUGUGUAAAUUAAUAAAUCAGAAAACCAAAACUUUAGAAAAUUUAAGAACGUAGGAGAAGUAAAAAAAGACAAAAACAACAACAGCCAUAAAAAUAAAAAUGAAUAAAUAAAUAAACUGCUGAAGGGAUAUUCUGGCGUAAAAUUAAUUUAGGGUCAAACACACUGCAGGGUGGCACAGCUCAAGAAAAAACAUUUAUGAUAAUUUCUUUAUGGAAAUGAAAUCACACUGAGACGCUAAGGCAGAAGAACUACCACGUCUGCAGUGCAAAAUGAAUAAUGUGGUGAUCAUUACUUCAGGGAAAUGAUAAAAUAUUGAUUAUAAAUGUUCUUCCUUGCGCUGUGUGCGCCUGCAGCAGUCCAUAGUGGACUGGCCUGAGGUCUCACAACAAACAAGCGGCUGCUUGAAGAGGGUGGGUGAGUUGUGCUUAGUCUGCUUGCUGAAGAAAUUAGGCAACGUUAAAAAGAUGUGUGAUGGCUAGUGCUAUGACAGGGACCCUGUAUGUACUGUUGAUGAAGUUAGGUGCUGUUCUGAGCAUUAUUUGUGGCUAUAGAGUGGCAUUUUGGUUGAGGUUUGUUUAUGGCUCCUCAGACCGCUGUGUAUUGCAGUCAUUACUAAAGUUGAUAUAACUAGAGAAGCAAGCAUUCAUCUCUCGAGGGGGUGUCAAACUCUGUGUUCUGGUGUGUUUGACCCCAAAUUAACAUCACUGCACUACCGCUUGAUUGGACAGUAACUAAAGAUUUAAAAAAACUGACAAUGAAAACCCAGAGGGACAUCAGGCCGCUUUCCAGUAUAAAUCAAACUACAGUCAGUCCAAACCAAGUAAUUUGACUUGACAAGAGGCCUUUCAUGAGUGCUGAUAUACAGUACAAGAGUGCCUAGACUCUGGAUUAAAUGAAUCACUCUGCCUCAGGUGUUCUGAAUGCUGUUUAUCAAUUUUACUGCAUACUCCAUGCUACAUCUUUAUUAAUCAGUCACACAGUCCAUCAAAGCAACUACAGGACCAACUGAUUGAUGGUUGGUGGAAUCAUUCAGUUACAAAGAAGGUGCUCUGUGUCUAUGUGAGGACAUUCAUAAAAUAGCAGGAGUACAGGAAAGUGUUUUAAGUGGCUUGGCAGCAGUCAGUCCUCGACAAGUCAGUGCAGUAUGCUGAGGAACAGCUUUAAUUUGAAAAGCAACCCUCAUUGGUCGUUUUUAGAUGUGCUGUAUUUAAAAGGCUGACUUGACUCGACUGUGUAGUCUUAGUGACGACACCCGUCAGUUUCUGAGUAGGAGUUGUGAAACUUUUGAGUGGUGGUUGCCAUGUUGGAAAUGCUGACUCUAACUUUAUUGACAUCUGUCAAUCAAAUCACCCACACCCCUCAAUGUGCACAUUAACGUAUAACUCUUGGUCUUCAUGUUUUUAAAACAAAUGAGGUAUGAAUGAAUGUUUGUAAGAAAAAUGUCAGCUUCUACUAGUAGAAACAAAGCAGUACAAGUUUACAGACGCAUUUGAGCUUCGCAGCCUGAGCCUUGCAUCAGAGGAAAUUAGCACAGUGCAUCCUGUGAAUGCAACGAUAUUGAUCCUCACAAAUGGAUGAAAAUAAAACAUUUCUAAAUACUUUUUUUUUUUGUUUCAGUCCUUGAAAAUCAAAGAGCAAAAACCGUCAAUACAGAGCAGCCAUUCUGCUUUUAAAUUCAAAACUCAAAACUAAUUAAAUCUUUUUUUGCAGGAGAGAAAAAAUAUUAUCCAUAAAAAAGGAGUUUUCAAGUGACCUGACAAAUACGCAGAAUUUAUGAUGAUUACCGGCAAAAGUUUACAGAUUCAGGUUUCAUACAAAUGUGUAUCAAAAGAGGGAAUCAAGGAGAACAUGUUUUUGUGUUUUCAAAUAUAGAAACUCCAGUCUUUGUAGCUAUUUACAGAAGAUAGUAGCUAAAGAUAUAGAGUAACACGUAGUCCAGUUAUAAUUUGUUAUUACAGAAUAAUUAAUCUUAAAUAAUCUUCUUUACAUUACUUCAAAAUGAGCACAGUUUCAUCAUUUCACUUAUUACAAAAGUGUUGCAAGACAUCUAUAAAACUGAAACUUUUAAAAACAAGUGUGGUAAAGUUUGUCAAACCUUUUCCCCAGACCUUUGGGCGUGUACCAACAGGGAUUGAUUGACAUCACUGUGCUCCUAUCAGGGCAGGACAGUUAGCAUGGUAAUUAAUUCACAUAGUUAAAACAGUUUUGUUUUUGAACUGCAGCGUCCUAAAGCAAAAUGAAACCAGAAAAUACUCAGUUAGAGAGUUUUACCCUUCAAUCCUGUGAUUUUGAGCGGACUGCCUUAAUGCAGUGAAGUCCUGUACAACCCUGUCAAUAAUACAGAAUAUACAUGUGUGUAAAUGUGUGAAUGUUAAAGGAAGGGCAUGUGAAGGUCAGCUGAUGUAGCAGAGCCCCUGUGAACAGGGAGGGGAUUACAACUCAGAGGUAUUAAAAAAAGGGCUCAGAGGAAGGUGACUUGUGCUGCUGUACGAUGACUAAUCUGACUUUCCCUUUGUUUUUCCCCCUUGCUCCAAAAAUCUGUCCUCUCUCUCUCUCUCUCUCUCUCUCUCUCUCUCUCUCUCUCUCUCUCUCUCUCUCUCUCUCCCCCUGUCUUUCUCCCUCUUUUUCCCUCACGUUUGUCCGUCUAUCUUUAAACACACAUAUUUCUUCUCUCUCUCCUUCUCUCUCUUUUUCUCUCUCUGCAGGAUCCCUGACGGUGUCCAUCACUGACAUGCGUGCUCCGGUGGUAGGGGGCUCCGGGGGGGUCUAUGCUUUGUGCUCAGCGCAUCUGGCCAACGUUGUCAUGGUAACCAUCAGCAUCAUCAUCACCUGCAUUGUUACGUCUGAUUUUCAAUACAGAGGAAAUGUCAGAGCUCUCUGUAUAGUGUGAGAUAGACUAGCCACACGUUCCCUCUGAGGGCCUCUGAUUCUAUUUAUUUAUUUGUAGAUUUCUCAGGGACGUGUUCGCCUUGAUUGACAGGACAGCUUCAGGAGUAGCGAGUAGGAAAUUGUCAUGGCUGGGAGUCGAACCAGUGAUGACCAAAAUCUUUUAUGUUGCCCUAGAGUUCUUUCAAGUCCCACUGAAUUUUCUUUGGAUGGGAAAGUUCUUGAUGAGACCUCUUCAGACUCUUAUUAGACAAAAUCACAGUAUUUAUACACCAUUCAUGUCAUUUUUAUUGCUAAGUUUGUUGAGAACUACUCGUCUGGUUUUGUCUUUCAUGCCUACACAAGCAGUGAAUCCCCUUGAUGCACCGUGUUAGCUUUUCUCUGAAUUCGUUUGUGUGUGUUUCUGUCACAAGGUUUCUCUGUGAAAUGCCUUCCACAUUCCCUUCUACUCUCAAGGCAGUGUUACAUCUGACAAAUCACUUUAACUAAUGUCGCUGCUUACUGUGGGCAGCAGAGAUGCCAACAGGGAUAGAAAUCAAAAUCCACCGACAGGCCCUGAGCGCAGACUCUGUAACUCUAACUUUGUGCUCGUAGCAGCUCGCACACACAUUACCAGGCUUGCUCGUCUUGAGGAAAUCCUUUGAGGGACGUCUUAGUUCUACUGUGAUUACUUUUUUACCAUCUUGCAGGGAAGUCUUGUCCGAUCGCUGACCCAGUACAUUCACAGGCCAUCUGCCAUGAUGUAUCAUCAUCUGUACUGGCGCAGACAUUUUUAGGUUGGCUGAAGUUUCAAGAUCUACUCUGCUCGAGCUCUGAAUGUGAUUUCUUUGAAGUCUUGAAGCUUUAUCUGGGCUGUCAGGAAUCAUCUUGGAUAGUCAACUUUUGGUGCAUCACUGAAAUAUAUAUAUUUUUUAAACAAUCCAGUGUGGUUUGUAGGAAGAUUGCCCUUCUUUUCAUUUUUAUAUAUGAAGUUCAGCCAUAACAUUAUGACCACUGACAGGGUGAAUGUAAAAUAUACUGUAAUACUACUACUACUACUAAUACUACUACUACUACUACUAAUAAUAAUAAUAAUAAUAAUAAUAAGAAGAAGAAGAAGAAGAAGAAGAAGAAGAAGAAGAAGAAGAAGAAGAACUUUAUUUUUAUUGCACUUUUAAAAACAGAAGUUUGCAAAGUGCUUUGACAAACAGUUGCUAAGCACAGAACAUCAGCACAUAGAAAUAAAAAUAAAAGCUCAGUUAAAAACAAGGCCUCCGAAUUGAAGGCCAAUUUCAUUUGUCAUAAGAAACCCAGACAAUACAAGAAACCUACAACAUAAAAUGAGACCAUGAGGACCAAAAUAAAGACAUAAAAUAGUUAAGAAAAAGAAGUAUAAUAAAACAGGGGGUAGAAAGCAGGAAACAGGACAGUUAAUAUAAAAAGAGGGUAUUAAUUAUGAUAAUAAAAUCAUAAUAAAAUAAGAAUGAUGGUAAUAUUAAUGAUAAAAUGGAAUAACAGAAAUGAGCAGGAAAAAACAAUAAAAUCAAUAAAAGGACGAAAAGGUAAAAUAAGAAAAUGUUAUAAGUAAAACAAAGGCUAAAAGGACAGUAAGUCAAAAUAAGAUAGAGGUAAAAGAGAUAAAAGAUGAAAGAAAAAAGGGAAAAAAAGAGAAAAGAUGGCAUUACAUAAAAGCAAGUCUGUAAAAGUGAGUUUUUAAAAAUUUGACUUAAAAGAAGCGUCUGUCUCUGCUGCACGCCUUAUCUCCUCUGGCAGGUCGUUCCAAAGUCGAGGAGCUCUGAUGGAGAAAGCUCUAUUACCUUUAGUUUUGAGCCUCGACUUUGGAAUGACCAGGAGGCCUUCACCAGAGGAUCUGAGGCUGUUGGUUGGCUCAUAAGGUAUUAAAAGCUCUGAAAUGUAGCUCGGAACAAGUCCUUUGAGCGCUUUAAAAGUAAUCAAUAAAAUCUUAAAAUCAAUGCUAAAACUGACAGGAGGCCAGUGAAGGAAGGCUAAAAUUAGAGUGAUGUGAUGCCGUCUACUAAAACCAGUUAGUAGACCACUGUAUGUACAUAUGAUACAAUAAAAUUUGCAAGUUAGGAUGCCAGAGAUUUUAACAACAUAUUCUGAAGGCUACUCAACUGGGUCAUAUCUGAAAUCACAACUGUCUUGGGGCGUUCUCAUGCUGUUGUUGUCAGUUACUACCAGACGUGAUCCAAAGAAGGAAAAUCCAUGAACCACAGGAGCUAAAAAAAAGAGUUAUUUCUUUCCUUCACAGAGUGUAUCACAGUUUUUUGUGAAUGGGGGCUGCGUCAGGGUGUCCAUGCUGACUUCUGUUCACUGCCAAGAGUACCUACAACGGGACUGAACUGAACCACACACUUUGUUAACUAGGAGCUCCUACCUUAUAACUUCCUGUGCUUAAGGAUCAGCUGCUAACAUCGUGGUCCCAGAUACCACAGUGCACUUUUGGAAGUCUGGAGGGAUCGAUAACUCAUCUGGUCACAGCUGUUUUUGGCCUUGACCUUUUUAGAGGGGGGUCUACACCACAUUAGGCAGGUGGUCUUAAUUUAAUCGCCGAUCUGUGUAAGAUUCUUCCAAAAAGCAAUUAUUAUCUCUAUAAGACCUCGACUUUCCUGUGGUUGCCAUUGGUUUCGCUGGGUUUUGGGUCACGUGGGCACUGUGUUUGAAAGCGGGUAGGUUAUAUAAGGGGCAGUCUCACCUGCACUGGGGUGGAGAGGUGAGCCAAGGUAGCUGUCAUUUUUGUUGACCACACUUUAUGUUCUUCGUUUAAUAUGACACACAUCACAAAGUGUACACAUACAACAUCUGGUGUGCAUGGCUAAAUCAUUGGCCACUGUAGAAGCAUUUUUUCUGUUAUUAAAGCUCCAAAACCUCGUUAAACUGUGUGUACUUCUUUGGAACACAAAUAUGCAGGACCUAUUCUCUGCCUCAAGCAUCUUUUUUAAGGUACUAGGAAAAGCCGCAAUAGUAAAGAAGAAGAAAACUGCAGCUAUCAGAAUUCAGGAGCAUUAAACCACCUAAUCAGACCACCUCCUCUUUCAUGAGAUUAAACAUUUAUUAGAGAAAUAUUGUGAGAUUACAAGCACUGCCACUCUCUGCGAUACAUUUUAGGCCUCUGGUCAGAGUAGAUUAUGUUCGUGCUCACUGAUGUGUCUUUAAUUUUGCAUGGCUUUCACUGUUUCUUUUUAGAAAAGAGGAGAAACACACUCAAUUUCCCUCAGCCAGAAAUUUCUAAGUGAUAUAGCUGGACCAUUUUUCAUCUUGAGGAGUAAAUAUGUAACUCUUGGUCAGGAUGCCAUUGUUCGUUUCUCCCCUAGAGAAUCCAAAGGGCUCUUUAUUGGCCCAUUCUCCCCAUCUGUCAAAUUACCUUAGCCCUAAUUAAUAGAGUGCCACUGGGCUGGAACCAUAAAGUGGAGAGCAGCCAGGUGUAUAAUCGUGUCUGUGUGUAGUGUAAGUGCUGCCUUCUUUCUCAUAUAGAUAUGGAUUGUUUUUCUUUCAGGUCUAAAUAUGUCUGGAAGAGAGAAACUGAGGCGUCCCUCCCCAUGCUGUUAUGUUAUUACUCUCAUGUUUAAUGGUUGGUCCGGACCGUUUGUGCUGACGGGCCUUUUUUUUUUGUGGUUGCAGAACUGGGCCGGGAUGCGAUGUCCAUACAAGCUGCUCCGCAUGAUCCUGGCGCUGGUCUGCAGUAAGUUUUCCAGAUUUACAAUCCAGCUCUGCUGUUGCAUACAUGUUAAAUUUAUGGUAAAAACAUUGAGCAGUUAGUGUUGAGUUUCAAGCAUUUUUAAUGACCGCACACCUGUUCACAGUGCAGUGUUUAUCAUUUAAGUGCUGUUUAAAAACCCCUUGAACUGAGCAUCAGCUAUCUCUGUUAAUUACUCAUGGUGAGAGGCUCUGUGAUUGGACGUGUUGCUUUGUUUUCAUAGCAUUUGAGUCAUACUACUUGUCCUUUUUCUCCACACGAGGGCCGAUACACUGCCACUUUCAUUAGUGAGCAAUAUGCUCCCUCCAUCUGUCCCGAGCCUGACGCCCCCGAACGGAGUGAGCAGGGACUCUCUGCUGGAGAUAUUUCUCAUCAGUGUUUUACAAACAGGGAAUUCUGCAUUUCAAAAUGAAAUGUGGAAGGACUUGUUAAGACUGAGUCAACAUUUGCUCUGGAUUUUUUACUACCAAUGUGGGUUGUUGAUUCAGCUAAGGCAACAAACCUCAGCACAUAAAAUUUAAGCAUAGCAGAGUGUAAAGAUCUGUUCCUCCUGUGACCUGUUCUUAGUCUGGAAAUAAGACUUUUAAAACCACAUACUACUAAAACUGUGGAGCUCAUGUUUAGGUCUCUGCAUACGAUAAACUCAUCCCCUGUCUGUGCUCUCUUUACAAUGAAAAGGUGAGCUGUUAUUUGAAAAGUGUCCUUUAAAGCUAACCACUGAGAUGGAUUAACCAGCUUAUAUUAGAUGUUUGAUAGAUAAGAUAUCAAAGCACAUGUUCAUAAUGUUGCACACAGGACCAGACAUUUUUGAGAAGUGGUUUGGUUUUUCAUAUGUAGUCCCAGAGGCCAAUCACAUACCUGCAGACUUUGGUGUUUGCAGAGAAAACAGUUCAUUUGUAAAAAGAUGCUAAAGACACUGAAUGUCUCUGAGCUGACUGUGUAUUUCAUCUUUCCCCUGUCCACCUCAGUGAGUUCAGAGGUGGGUCGUGCCGUCUGGCUCCGUUUCUCACCACCGCUGCCCUCUUCAGGCCCCCAGCCCAGCUUCAUGGCCCACCUGUCUGGAGCCGUGGUCGGCAUCAGCAUGGGGCUGCUGAUCCUGCGCAGCUACGAGGAGAGCCUGCAGAAACAGUGCUCCUGGUGGGUCAUCGUCUUCUCCUUCAUCACCUUCCUCCUCUUCGCCAUCUUCUGGAACAUCUUUGCUUACGAGCUGCUGGGGGUGCAGAUACCCCCUCCUCCCUGAUGAAGGCCCCCCCUCCUCCUUCUUUCUUCUCCCCUCCAGGUCCUCCUUCACUUACUCACUGACUUCAAACUCCCCCUUUGAUAGUUAUUAACGCUCCCAUGUCCUCUCAAGUUAAAUCCAAAUGAAAUGAUACAAAGUUGUUUGAAACUAGAAAUCGACCAAGAAUCCUUUUUUUACAGAUACUUUGCAGAUCAAAGAAAUACGUCUCUUUUAUUAAAGAGGGAUUACUGUAGCAACAAGUACAGGUGAGCACUCCCCAGAUCCAUAUUGAGGAGUGGUAUAUCUUUUUUAUACAUACAUUUAAGUCACAUCCACAUUACCAGCACUAACCUUUCAGUCAGCAUUUAGCCAUCGUGCUCUUUUUUUCAGAGGCUUUUUGUAAAGCACCAAUCAUGUCUUUGAAUGCAUCUUUCAUUCGUAUAAAGAGCUUGGGCAAGAAGAAGGUCAUGAUAUGGGCCUCUGCUGGAACUGAAGGGAAAGGAUGCUGCAGUGGAUACAAUGAAAACAAAAUGCUAGGAGAGGUUUUCUCUCAUAGAAGGGGAACAGCUACGGUGAUACACCUCAAAUUUACAAGUUUGUAUUGUUUUACUUGAAGGAACUCGUGCAGAUUAGAUGCCAAAAUCCAAGUCCAACAAUCAGAGCUGUAAGGAGAAGAAUUUUAGCAAGAGAAUGUCAUUUCAUGGAGGCAGCAAUAAACAAAAAAUACACAAAAUCACACAUGCUUUUUGCAGGAUUGCUGGCACACUAAUUGAAAAGCAAAAAGAAAGAACAGCUCAGAGAAUGUUUUCUUCAAAUUGAGCAGCUUAAAACACCAGUCAGAGUCUUUUUCAGCAGAGUGCAAAUGGAAAAAGAAAGCAUUAUUCAGAGCAGCUGCAGGAAAGAUGAGCGAAACAGUUUGGACUUGAGUUUGUCGAUACUUUCAUCUUCACCAUCUUUAGGGUUAGCUGUCAUUUUCACUCCAAAAUAAGUCGGUUUUCCUUUAUGAUUUAUGUGACAUGAAACCUACACUGUGGAUACAGAAACAAAAGUCAGACAACAUGGACGAGAUGUGAAGAUGGGAAACAAAAGUGACAGGAGAAAAAAAGUAACAGCCAAUGUUUCCCUGGUUGUCAUACCUCGAGCGAGUGAACUCCUGUUGCUGUGUCAAAUGCUAACAACCAACUUGCUAGGCGCACCGUUGUAAAUUACGCCAUGUCAUGCUCUGUGGCUCUCAGCGAGACAAGGACAUACACCCACACACACUCUUCUCCUGUUUGUCUUUGAGAGCAGACACUGCCUGAUUCUGCAGUGGACAAACUGAGAAGAACGACACAAACACACACGCGUAUAUACACACAUGCACAUACACACACUGGCCUCUCUGUUCUCGCUCUGAUGGACUGAACUGGGGAGGAUACGGAUGUGUCAUCACUUGACCUCUGACCUACGUGUCCCAGAGGGCAUUGGGGCCUCUCUGUCAGGCCCAGUCUAUACCUCAGUUUCUCAUCUUAGGGACUGUAUACUUUUGUAAAGGAAUGUACCUAUAAAGAAAAAAAGAAGAAGAGUGUUAUUAAGUUGUCCCCGUUUUUCAUUUGAUAGUGGAUGUGUAUAUUGUAUGUUCAUAGCCAAGAGUAUAUUUAUUUGUAUUUUUUCCCUCUGAAGGGGAAAAAAGUCUCAAAAGGUGCAUAAUUAUUGCCAUGAUUGUUCUUCUGAUAACUCUUCUAUGGCUUUGGUCCUCUGAAAAUUACUCUCUGAGGCAGAAUCUCAACCACCGACAAUUCAAGCUCACUUGAUUUUAUAAAUCUUUAGUGCUUUACUAAAUAAGCCAUAGAAAGAACUAAUUCAAGUGGGUAAAAGAAGAGGGAAAAAAUGUUAGUUUGAAGCCUGCUGGUUGCAGUGAAACUUACUUUUUUUGUGUGUGUGAUUAUUUGACAUGAUUAUUUCAUUGUGAAUAUCCAACAUGGAAGGUUUAAAAAAGUAAAACUGUGCAAGUACAAGCCUGUGAAGCUCUGGACUGUUUCAGAUAUUUCCGUGUAGCUAGGAUCAUUUUUUAAAUCUUUUUCCUUUUUUCUAAUCCAUUCAGCUUAUUUUCAUUUUUUUGCACCUGCCAACACCUUCUAUCUGCCCCCAUCAGUGUGCAGAUGCCUCACCUAACCUCUUCUCCUACAAAUAACAAAUCACUUACACAGAUUCUGUCGGAGAUUAUAACCUUCAGAGUGAUUUAAGCUUUUGGAAAGCUGAAGCGAAGAUAGCAAUUACAUUUACUAAUGCUAUGUUCCAUUUUUCAAACUUUCAAUCAAUAAUUCAUCCAAAUGUCCAUCGGCUGCCUGAGGGGUAAAAAUCUUUAUGCAUUUGCCAAUUUCGAUAGUUGGUCAUAAAUACAGUCCUCAGCGUUUGCUUCCUUGUGAAAGUGUCAGAAGUAGCAGAAGAGUCCAUGUUAAAUGAGGGAAUCUGUGGGAAAUAGCCAGAAUAAGCCAUUUCCACAUGCAUUUGAAGAGAAAAGAUCAGCCAAUAUGUGGAAGUAAUGGAUCCUUGAUAGAAACUCUUGUGUGUACUCAGAAAUAUUAUUGCUUGGUAUGGCAGAGAUACAUCAAUGAAUAAUGCAUACAUACCCUGUUAGCCUAUAAUAGAGAUAAAGGGGGAAGCCUGGGAGGAGGUUCAUGUGCCUCUUUAACUUAGGAUUCAUAGGAACCCUGAAGGGUUGUAAAAAGGGCUAGUAAAUGGCUAUGUUUUUGUCGAACACAUUAACUGUGAAUAUCCCCACUUGGAAGAACAUGCAGGACAAAAAGAAAAGGUUGUCGCUCCUAAAACUUGAAAGAAAAGAUACUUGACUGAGUUCUCCUCAUGUGAAAUGUUAAGUUGAUGUGUUUGUACCAUUUUCCUCCACAAAAACAGAAAACACCCUGAAUUUUACAUCAUCUGAAGUAGAGAGAGUGACCCUUGACAUUGAGAUGGUUUUCAGCAAAGUUUUCAGAUUUUUUUUCCCUUGUGCCAAAUCCCCUCCUGGCCCUUAAACCUGAGUCAACAUCAGCACCAAACACCUUCAAAAAAAAGUCAUCUCCGCUGCACCCAGACAGCCAAAGGAGAGGAGGAAACCUGAGUCACAUCCUCUGUCUGACAACGUGUGACAGCCUGGGUGUUUGUGAAGGAGAGACAACAGAAACAAAAGAGCUGGCACUCGUCACAAAAACCCUCAGCGGGGCUUUAAAGCAGCAAGCGGCUAUGCUUUUUUCCUGCCGGGCUUCUGUCACAACAGCCCAGUGUCAGGAUGAUGCAUGUCUGUUUUUUGAGGAUGCACCAGAGCCCAAAGCUACACAGGAUAUCCUCCUUUAAUAAAUGGAACCGACAUGCGGUGUGAUGUUAAUUUAAUUGCCGUCUUUGAGUGACAUAUUUCUUGAAGAGAGUAAGAAAGGCUCAGUGAAGGUUAGCCCUAACUCGUUUGAGUCUCACUCAUACUUGAGCCCUUGUUGAUGUGAAAGCACCCAAAACAUUUUGUAUUUCUUUGCUCAAGAAGGCAGCACAAGUUUCUAGCAGCUACUUGACUUUUUUUUUCUGACCGCUCUUUCUUACUUUUUGUUUUUGUUGUUGUUGUUCUUGGUGUCAUUUUAAGCUGGCUUUCUUUGGACUGCAUACAUGUUGGCGUGCCAUAUUUUCGACUGCCAUUAACAUUGAUGCUUUUACCUCCCUAUGCCAAUCCAUCGUGCUGUAGAGCCCAAUGCCUUGUUUUGAAUAAGCUCUAGACUGAAGACCAAGCAGGGAGGCUUUCUUGCUUUAAGCUACAUCCUAAUGCACAGAUCCAGAAACAGCAGUGCUGCGAGGUUGUUAUUACAUCCAGCUGCUGCUGCUGCUUGCCAACAAGGCAGCCUGGUUGCCUUUCUUUGCCAGUGUUGUACUUUAGGACUGUGCAGGUAAAACAAGCUAAUGUAGCUCUACAGAUUAAACAGUCAUUGGAAGCUCACUAACAUAUAGAUUUACACUAAUAGAGCAUUACUGAGAGCAUUGAAAUUCAGUUGUUCUGAGCCCAAAAAGUACAGUCAUUUAGCUUUAAUUCCCUGUAAUUAUUCUGGACUUAAAUUGAUCAAAUUGUGUACUACAGAGUCAGAUAGUAGAAUUUUGUUAAGCAGUUAAAUUUAACAAAAAUAAACAGGGAUUCUGUGAAUCCAAAUCCUCAAAGUCCUUAUAGUUUCACAAUUUCAGAGCCAUCAGUUGUGCCAAAAAUCUGCUGUGCUCAAUAUCGAUAUCAUAAAUGACUGAAAAUUCCGGUUAACAAAUGGAUCAGAGAAGUUUUUGUACAUUAGUGGGAAACAAGCAUAAAGUUUGUUUCUGACAGGAUUCAAUGUUUUUCUCUGAUGGUGAGAGUAUUUUCUGGUUUGAAAUGUUGCUGGAGUUGGAGUAUUCAGAGUCCAUCACGUGCACAUGUACUGCCUGAGCCACUUAAAAUAAUGCAAAUAUCACGGUCACCUUCAUCUCCCUCCUAUAGUUUAGAAGAAGAAAAAAAAAAGACAUAAAUGUGCUGCUGUAGUAGUUUUUCCUGAGCUGCUUCUUACUCGUAUCGAUUAAAUGGUGCCAAGCUUAUGAGGUUCAAUCUCUCAGAACAGAUAAGAGGUUGUACCAACACAGCGUUUACAAACAGAAAAAGCAGAAGAAGCUAUUUUUCUCUCGGUCUUGAGGAAACUAAAGGAAAACUAAAUUUACAUAUGGAUAAUUUAUAUCAAAGUCCUCAUUAAUUAUUUCCACAAUCUAUUGUACUUUUUAAAUGUUCUGAACGGAACCAUUUUAUAUUGUAUAUAUAUGAAUAUAUUUUGUUUUAUUUUGUACUGUUCAUUGUACUUUGCUUUGAUUUAGAAACAAUAUAAAUAAAGAACAAUACUGUGGCAACAUAA